AUGUUUGACGAACUGUUUCAUCCAUCAAACCUCAAAACUGGAGGAGGAGACUCAACUGAAAAAAGCUGGAGGUACAAACUGUGCAAAAACAUGCACAACAAAACAUCACGCCACAAACACAAAGACACCGUCAAUGUCCACAACAACUCGCAACAGCCUACAAGACAAAAACAAAACAACAAAACUAGAACAAUACAAAAAACACACACAUAUGAGUGGACCUUAUUCAUUUUCAUGGUGUAGUUACAGUUCUGAAGUAAUCAGAUAUUCAAAUAUUAACAUACAUUUGACAUAAUUGAAUUAAUUUACAGAAACAAAACCCAAUACUUAAGCCGACUUCAGAUAUUUCAAGUAAGUCAGACAAACACUGAUUGAUUCUACAAAGUAGUUUCAUCUAAAUAAGGAGCUGUUUGAUAAAUGUUCUUUGACUGGCCAUGCAGAUUCAUCAAAGGGUUCAAAUGAGAGGGGUAAAAUACUUGUAAAUACUGCCAUCUAGUGUUCAUAUGGUAGGUACUGCAAACAGUUUGAAAACAUACAAAGUGCGGUAAAGGAACUCUUAUAUUACUCUGAUAAUACAAACAUUAAAUACUGAUUUCAGAUGUAGAUCAGAAGCUUCUGGAGUUGUACAAAGGCACAUGUGGAUUUAUCCUCACACAUAUUGAAUAAUAUCAUUUUUUAAAUUUUCAAUACGUUGAAGUUUGAUUCUGGUCGGUCGAAAUCUUAUUACAACAGCGGUUAACUUAUAGAAGCUUAUGAAACCAUCUGAUUACAACUGUCAUAUCAAAUCAAUCUGCAGAAAUGAGAUCUGGUACAUUUUUAGGAAGCUUUUUACCCAAAUUUAACUUUUUGGACAAAAAGGGGAAACACUUUACAAUAACCAUAACUUACAAAUGAUAAAUUAGACCAUUUAUAAAUGGUAAACAGAUAGUUUAUUAAUGUUUAAUAAUCAUUAAUUAACAGCAUACAGACCAUUAAUAAAAAACCUAACCCUAACUUUACAAUAACCAUAUAAGUAAUGUUUAUAGGUGGUUUAAAAACCAAAUAUUAAUCAUUUACUGACACAUUGUUUAAUCUAGAUGUUUUACAACCAAUAUUUAAACCCUAUAUAAACCUUUAAUAAAUAGUCCAUUAAUAAUUAAUGAAAAUUAUCAAACAAAGUAAAGUAACGAUUAACUUAUAUUAAUAAACUUUCUAUUUACCAUUUAUAAUUGGUCUAUAUGCUGUUUUUAAAUGAUGAUUUAACAUGAAUAAACUUUCUAUUUACCAUUUAUAAGUAAUGGUAAUUGUAAAGUGUACUAUAGCCUAAAUAAAGGAACAGUAAUUAAACGAAUACAGAUAUUUUAAUUAUACAGUAAGUGAUGGAUUCACCACACUGUGUUUCAACAAGUGCAUCCAUAUCUUCUCAGUUGUAGAGGGCCAGCUGCGACCAACAGGGGGCGCAUUGAGACAAGGGGAAACAGGGGGAGAUUGGAGGAGUAAUACUCAUAAUAUAAGCGCAGGAAAAUUUACAGUGAGCAGUACAAUUAUUAGACGAAUAAUACAGCCUACUUCACACACAAAUAAACUGAAAAUACGCUACAGAUGGUAAAAAGAGAGAAAAAUGGACAAAUUGAGUAAUUCUUUUAAAGCAGAUUUAUUUUUACAAAUUAAAAAAUAUAUGAUUAAAAUAAAGCAGGGGCGUCAUAAUGAUUGAAAUAGCGAUUAAAAGUCCCUUUUAAUAUCCCAGUAUGUCAGAAAGAAUGAGCUAAAAUGACUGUUUUGUUUUAUGUCUUUUUCAACGCAAAGUCUCUUGUUCGGUUUUCUUUAAGACGACAAAAACAGUAAAAAACACAUCUCUGUUCUCAGGAGGAGAAACUCAGAUCGUGCAUCCUGCUCCGUGUGCUUGCUGUGUGCAUGCACAAUCCACACGCGUGCACGUACGUACGGAUGCGUGUACGCGCAGGCGGAGGAUCGCCGAGCCGAGCCGUACCGUGCAGCAGGCACAAGCCGCCGGGCGCGCAGGAGAAGCCGCAAAAAAUUACAGCAGCCGCUACUUGAACCUGCGAGGAGCGCAGAGGGAGCGUGAGAACUUCAGUGUGCACGGUAAGAGCCGAGCCCGCACCUUUUCCUCAUCUUUUCCUCCCCUAAAAGAAACGCUUUGGAGGCUUUUUUGAGAGUUGAAUUUCAAUUUUUUUUCCAUCCUUUUGUCUUUUUCCAUCUCUCCAUUUUGGGGAGCCGGGGCGCACGCUGCCCGACGAGGAGUCUGAGACAAAAGAUCAGAUAGAUUUGAGGGGAACAAAAGAAAAUAGAGCAAAAACUAUUUAAAAAAGGAGAAUUUAGAAAUUAGAGGGAUAAAAUUCUUCUUUGCUGCCUUUUCCAAGCGAAAAAUUGUGCACGAGCUUAGGAAAGGGGUGUGUACAGUCUGGAGGAACACGCGCUUCAGCCUCGGACGCAUUUUUCCCCUUUUAAUAUUUCCUUAUUCAUAUUUUUACACUUUUAUUCAGGGGAAAAAAACGAGAUGGAGCGUCUCCUCACGCGCUCCACGCAUUCUUUAUUAUUUAUUGAUUAGCCUGGAAAUGUUUAUGAUUAUAUAAUUCCUGCAGGUUGCUAGGCAACGCGGUUGGAACGGUUUUUUCCCCCCUUCCGCUCAUAUUUUUACAUCCAGUAAACAUUUGAACAUGCAAAAAAAAAAAAAAAAUAAGACGAGCUAUCUGCUGCUCGCCCCACCUCUUUGUCUGUGUGGAGGUGUGACACCGUUUGUCUGCAUGCAAACACAACACACACACGCACACACGCGCACACACUGUCACAUAAACUCGGCGUCUCUAACCAGAUUAUGUCAUGAUUCAGAUGAAUUAUUGAUCUCAUAUUUCCGUUUUAUUGCACUGAGAAGGAGGAUGGAGGAGGAGGUGGUGGUGGGGGGGAGGAUGAGGGGAUGAUGGAGAAUUUAGGGGGUGUAGCUACCUUAAAUCCCCCCUAACACCCCCUCCUCGUCCUCACAUAUUAAGUUCACGCUCUCACUCCUGCUGCUGCGUCGAUGUUGGAUGUUAUUUGCGCACCGAGUCAAACUUUAUUAGCCAUCCUCCGCCGUUUAAUUGCCUGGUCCUUUGUUUGCCGCGGCACGCAUGCGCAGUGGGAGUAGGGUGUGGAUGGGAGAGAUGCCACCUUGCCUAUCAAUAGGAUGGAGAGCAGGAGGAGGAUGGUGGUGGUCGCGAUUUGAUUCCUGCUCUGUUUAGUGGAAGUGUUGUAGAAAUAGAGAUCAUGUCUUUGGUUGUGGUGGAUUUGUACGUGUUGAAGUGUAUAUUUUAUACAUGUGUGUUUGUGUGUGUGUGUGUGUGUUAGCCGAUGCCUGUGUGUGAAUGGAGACAGUGAGACAGAUCCUGAAUCAGAAUGAGACUGUGUUCACUGCCUGAUUUCCCUACAGUAUCAUCUAUUUAACUUGGAGUACUUGUAGAAAAUGAGGAUGUGCUGUUUUAUUUCAUGAAUAUUGUGGUUUUCGAUGUCGAUUUCUUGUCAUUUUCUAUCAUUUCAUGGACAAAAAAACAAACUCAGAUCGAGAUAUUUCAACUACAAAAAGAUAAAGAUGAAUAUAUUCGAUACAUUUGCAUUAAUGACAGACAUAACUCAACCGUUUGUACCAAUAAAGAGAAUAUAUGGCGCUCUAACCAGCCUGGAUUGAUGCUAUAUGUUCAUUACCAUAUUAUAGCUAUAAUAUUCAAAUUGGGAGACAUUGCAAACCAGCUGGGUUUCACCUCCAUAUCACCAUGAUAUUCAUGUUAUAUUUAUGUAACACUCCUCAAGGGACAUGAAUUAUUUCUAUGAUGGUCUUCCAUGAGUUUAAACAUGUACAACGAUCUGUUGUGAUGAAAAGUACCCACACAAGUACUUUACUUCAUGGUAUUACAAUUUAAACUUUAUUCUUAAGGUGUAAAGUGUUUAUUAUCAUAUAGGAUGAACAGGUGGCUUGAUAAUCAUUCUAGAUUAUCAUGAUAUAAAGAUUGUGGGGAGCCGUAAUCUUAACAGAAUUUAGAUUAAUACGUGCCUUGUAAUGUACUUUUAACACUGCAGAGACUCAAGUCUUAAGAAGUAUUGAUCAGUCAUCAAGUCUCGUUAACUAUGGCUGCUGGUCAACAGAGGGCGCCAAAGUGCAGCCUUGCAAUUUUGGAGGAUUGCUGCAGUCAUGUUGCUUGCGACUGAUGCACCAAAACAAGAGGCAACCUUCAGUCUUGAGAAAUGGAGCCAAUGUGGGAAUGCUAAAAACUGCAGUUCAAUGAGUGUCCACUAGAGGCUGGCUGCAAAAGCACUGGGAACCGCAUACACACCAAUACAAAAAAAGCCAUUUUUAGAGCAGCAUUAAAACAGUUAUAAAAAGGCUGUGGUGUGAACUGUUGACUCCCACGUCAGAUGACCAUAGAUUUCCAUUUUGGCGGCAUCUUGCCCAUUUGUCAAAGAUAGAAACAUACGCCUUUUUAAGGAGACAGGAGUCAAGAUAACAAAUCUUAAACAUGAUGAUUUCUGGUUUUAAAAUUCUGGACAAUCUGGGGCAACAAUCGGAUACAAAUCAGUGUCAGCUUUACAUCUGAUAUAAUUCAUUGGUACUUGUUGAAUUGAUGUGUAUCCGCAGUAAUAGUCUCCCUCUGAGCCUCGAUGUAAGAUCACCAUGGUAACGGGCGGGCUGUAGUAAUGCGUCCUGAAUGUCUGGCUGCUGAUUGGUUCUCAUAAAUCCAACCUCGAGUCCACUCAUUCAUCUUGCAGGACAGAGAGACAAACAGAAACCUGAUGAGAUGUUAUGCCGGUGACUCAUCCAUUACCGCUGCUGUCAGAUACUCGCUGUAGGUGUGUGUGUGUGCGAGAGAGAGAGCGGGAGAGAUAGAGAGCGAGAGAGUACAGACACAUCACUGACAUCUUCCUCUCUCCUUUUAUUGUCUGACACCUACACUUUCUCAUCUUUUCUCUCUGAUAUGGGGCAUCUAUGCUAUAUUGCCAAAAGUAUAUGGACAGUAUAUAAUGAUGGUCGUCCUAGAACUGUCCAUAUACUUAUGUCACACUGACAUAGAUAGACUGCAUGAAAGCACUCUCUGUCGAGGUUUCAUUGAGUCAUAUGAACAACAAGAUCACUUUUCAUACAAACUCUUAAGUAAACCAUCAACCUGCAUGUGGUGCAGACUGAAGCUCAUUAACCAACCAUGCAUGACAAUGGAGGGGCCGCACCUGCUUCACAUGCAACCCCAUUCAUGAGCCUGAUGUGUGUGUAUAGGUAGGUGAGCAAUGGGUGCAGGUGUGGGCUGAGUCACCAUUUCUGCUCUUACCGUCAAUAGAGCUGAAAAAGAUUUCCAUCUAAAGUAAAGGCAUGAAAAAUCCACAUUAGCCAUCUAAGUAGUGAUUUAGGGUCAAAUGUGUACAAUACGAAGGUCCAAAAGCUUGUUAGACUACUCUGUAGAGUACUUGAAUUUGACUCGUCGUUACAACAACAACAGCACAUAGCAGAAGUCAGUUAUUUCUUGAUAGCAGACUGUUAGUAGGGAUGUGGCUUUAAUCUUAGAUUCCGGAAUACUAUCUUUGGGCUAUAGAAUGUGGCUUUUAUUUAAGAUUCCAGAAUACUAUCUUUGGACUAUAGAAUGUGGCUUUUAUUUAAGAUUCCAGAAUACUAUCUUUGGACUAUAGAAUGUGGCUUUAAUCUUAGAUUCCGGAAUACUAUCUUUGGAGUUUGGAAUGUGGCUUUGAUCUUAGACUCUGGAAUACUAACUUUAAUGUAGUACAGUGCAGAAAGUACUGCGGCUUACCUGUUGUUAGUUUGUUUAUGGUACAAACACCAAAAAGAGAUGAAAACAGAAAAGAAAAGGCAAGAGAGGUAAACGACUCAAAACUACAGUCUUUGACAGAGAAAUCAACAAAAUCCAAGAUGGUAAGAUCGAUGAGUAAUCACAGCUAAAUGAGCUUAUUUGAGGAAAUGCUGAGCUUGGGCCACUGCUAAUUAAGUUGAAAUCCAAGAAACUCCUCCCCUCAGUAAUAUUUAGGUCCUUAAAGGGAUAUUCCGGCGUAAAAUGAAGUUAGGGUCAAACACACCAUAACACCGAGUUAGCCACCCGUCAAGAGAUGAAUGUUGCCGACUGCUUGCUUCUCUAGUUAUUCCAACUUUUGUAAUGACUGCAGGAUAGCAAUACACAGCGGUCUGAGGAGCCAUAAACAAACUUUAACCAAAACGCCACUCUAUAGCCACAAAUAAUGUUCAGAACAGCACCUAACUUCAUCAACAGAACAUAUAGGGUUCCAGCCAUAGUACUAGCCACCAAAAAUCUUAAGAGCUGUUUGGUGGCCAAACACAACUCACCUACUCUCUUUUAGCAGCCGCUUAUUUGUAUGAAGACUUGCGGGCGAGUCCAUCGACUGCAGCGGGGUGACACAGCUCAAGGAAGAACAUGUGAAAUGCAAUCAGACCAAGACGCUAAGGCGGGAGAACUACCACUUUUUGGUUGAGCGUGUGGCUCUCUGUAUUGCUAUCCUGCGGUCGUUACUAAAGUUGGUAUAACUAGAGAAGCAAGUGGUCUUCAAAAUUCAUCUCUCGACGGGUUGUCUAAAGCGGUCCAACUGUGUUUGACCCUAACUUAAUUUUACGCCGGAAAUUCCCCUUUAAUGUAGCUCUGGAUUGUUAAAAAAAAUCACUGGGGCGGCAUGUGAAUUUUUAACUCUGUGAUUGGCUUUAAUAAUCUCACACUCAUACCUCAGGAGACUUGACCUCUAUUGUAUUAGUCGAGGUGAGGAAGUGGAUUUCUUGGCUAGUAGCCAUUGUUAGCAGGCAGUAUUUUUAAUGUUGUUUGACACUGAGGCUCACAGCAGUGUGCAGAGGUAUGCAUGUUAAAUACCAGCGGAGUGUUUAUUCUCUCUGAAGACUCGACAAGCUGCAGGAAGCCAAAAUCAGAUGCUGUUCACACUUGUAGCUUUCUUUAAAGCCUGUGCCUGUGAUAUAACCGCCUCAGUGGUGCCUCUGUUUGAGUAAUGAUAAGUGUCCGUCCCUGUAGCGCGCUGGCCUGACAGGAAUGAGGAAGCGAGAUAUUGCGAUUUCAUGUCAAAGGAAGCGUGACACUUUGUAUUAAAUGACUGGAAACUUCUCAAAAGUUUAUUUUGGUGCUGUUUAUGCUGAAGUGGAGUCACGGUACAGCAGGGGGGCUUAAAGGGUAGAUGGAGGUCAUGUUACAAUCUUUAGCAAAUCUUCAUUUCCCGACAAUACGGUCCUCUGCAGCCUCACAGUUUAUAUCUGACUGUCUUUUUAUAGAUGUUGUAAAGAGCAGCGCAGAGCCAGAGUGUGUCUGGGAACACUUGAGGUCAUGUCCUCCUGUUCCUCAGGGGAAGUUGGUGGUUUUAGCGAACUGGGAGAUGUGGUUGGAGUCGAAGUAAUUAAAAGACAAAAUCCGAAAUCUUUAAAAAUGACAAGCUCUUGGUACAAAAUGGAGCUGUACCACAAUUUUAGAGUGCGCUUUUAGUGAGAUGAAGUCAUAGAUGGUAUUAACGCGUCUUAAAAUGGUGAGAUAUCUGCGGAGCUGCAGCUGAGAUCAGCUCAACAUAAACACUAACAGGAUUUAACAAAUGCUAAACUUGUGACUUUGACCCUGGGGUUCAAUGCGCCGUGCACUUGGUGUUUCUGCCACAAAAGUGCGAGAAAAAGGAAUUGGAAGUGGCGUCCAUCCCCUCCUCCCGUCCCUGCCCGCUCCGGUCCCUCCGGAGGUUUUGACGGCAGCGCAACAUGUCCUCGUCCUCGGCAGCUCUUUCACCAUGAGCGCCAUCUGUCACAUCGCGCCUCGUCUUCCAGGAAAUUACAGCUCAAACCAAAAGCGACAACGUUAUCUGAUAUGUACCCUGGCGGGGCGAGGAUGAACUCGGCAAUCUCAGCUCGCUCUCUGCUGAAUCCCAGAAUCCACUCAGUCACUCUCUCAGUCACUCAGACGUCCUUGUGGAUUUUAAAACGAUUUGGCGGGGCAUGAUAAAGGAACAAUCCCGCCAUAUUUCCUCCACCCACCUGUCUUCUUAUCUACAGAGGAGACAGAUUUCAUCUUAAAAGCAGGGGGACUUCUCGAUAGCUACCAGAUAAACUGUAUGUAGCAGAACAAUCUUAUUCCAGACUUUGAUAGGAAACUGGCACCUGUUGUUGCAAACCAAAGAUGAGGUUAUUGAGUUUUGUUGAGGGCUCUUAAAGGCAACUUCAACUCCUGACCUCGUGUUUUGAGACAUUAUUUACCUUUUUGAAAUAUUUCCUCUUGGCUUUGAACAAAAGUAGUACUUUUCUACUUUUGGGUAUAAUAACGUGGCGUGGCUCCCAUGUUUUGAGUAUUGAUCACAAGGAUUAAUUAUCAAUAACUGGAGUUACUUGAUGUGUGUUUAGUAAGUUAUAGAUUACUGUAACCUGAAAUAAAAGUUCACUUUCUUAUCUGCUGCCAAAUACAGAGUACACACUCCAAGACAACAGUCGAUUUUUGGCCCGAUUCCCAGCCUCCGACGAAAGUCAGCAAAGUCCAGAUUUUAUUAUAUUAAUCUAAUGAUUACAUGAUCUGAUUUUCCGGUGGUGUGAGCAGUUUUAACCUUCACGAUCUGCUCGUACGGCUAUCUGUGCCGACCCAGUUUGAAUGUACAAAACGUGCCCAGUAUUUAUGAUCACGUCACCUGAGGGGUGGAGACCCUGAGGACCCUCGGUGCCACAUGACACCACAGCAAACGUAGCAACAUGAAACAUACAAACAGGAGGACAUCAGGGAUGAAAGACCACCUUGUUGAUUUGCAGGAACAACACAGGUACUCGCAUGAGGUGUCCCGUAUGUUAGGGACAACUAAGUGGACGAGUGCUCUGUGUGUAAUUGCCAACUAGUUGAGUAGUUGAUACCACAGGGAGGGAGGUUGACGUUCGCUCGGACGUGUGGUUAAAGGCGUGUUGCUGGAGGUGUUUGGGUUACAAAAGAUAGUUUUCAUUGUGCACUAGAGUACGGUUCCCCUUAAAUCUGUCUCGAGAAAUGACUAGUCAAUGACAAACGAGGAAUUGGAAUACUCAGCAACAAAUGAAAAUGAGAAAUCGUGACUGUUAUUUGUGUUGCCCGACCAGAAUUUGCUGCUUGCCAAACAACUGGUAUCGGAAGUAUCCGAAUUAACAAACUAAAGACCUGCUAGUAUUUUGUUGAAUUCGCACCAACUUGCCUUUUUCGUGAUUGUACGUCAGAAUCCUCCAAAACGUUAGAAUACAGUUUAAAAAAAGAAGAAAGUCUAAAACUCAAUCCGACCAACUUUCAUCUGACUAACAUGCUCUUGUGACAUAAGGAGGAACCGAGGAUGUGCCGUGUGGAUCUUUCACCUCCGCUCAGUCUGCUUUGCUGUCAGUGUUUCUCUUUACGUGGAUCUCAAACAGUCUUAAAGGAAUAACAAGAAGGUACGACAGAGUUAAGACUCAAAGGUGCUCGACCUCCUCGUCUGUGUGUCGCAGUCCCAGUUCUGUCAGCUCCCAUCAACCAGUGACGAACUGACGACAGAGGAAAAUCACAGGAAUAUCUCACUGAGGGGUUUUUUCUCCUCAAGUGUGAGACGUGUUCGAAGGUUGUCUCUAACACUCAGCAGUUUGUGGGGGUGACAUUAGACAUUUACUUGUACGGAUUCUUAAAAUAAGAAAAGAAGAACUUUUUUUCUUGCUGCAUCGGCAGAUGUUUAAGUUUCUUCUUGAGACGGCAUGGGUUGUUUUAAAAAUAACAUUUUUUAAACAACUGGUGUUUGUCAUCGUAUCAUCUUUAAGGUUUGAGCCGGGCCUUAUGUCAACCUCCGUCAGUUCAUUGUUUUGUGUCAGUAAACGCACAUGUAACAGAGAAACUGCUGGGUUAAGUAGUAGUUGACUAGCUCGCCAUUAGCCCCGUAGUUGCUAUAAGCUUGAACGCUGCGUGAUUCAGUUUUGUUUUUGGUGGUUAAACUCAACAAACAUAUUAACUAAUGCUCCAAAUAUCUUAUAUUUUACUCCUAACGUCACAGAUAUUUCAAAAUAACCAACAUAGAGCUGUAAUUAUAAUACCGUAUUACCACAAUACCACUAGAAUCUCCGGCCACCCCAAAUCAAUAAUAGUAAUAUCUUAAAAUAAGAUGUUUACCUGAACUUGUCAGUCCAACAUGGCUAAGUUAAAGCGAAUAAGAGAGAAAUAUACUCAAUAAGAUUUGACUUUGCAGUCUGUACUUAAUUUCACUGAAAUUUAUAAGACGAACCUUCAGUUUGAUGGUGCGGCUCAAAAAUUAGUGUCUCGAAAAAGUUAAAUUUCUUUCCCAUUAUUUCAUCCUUUAAGUAAAACGUCCAUUUAUUCUGGCUUCAUCGCACACACAAAGUGACAUAUCUUGGCGGCGUUUAAAAGGCUGAUUCUGUGUUCGCGUCUUGCUGAGCUGGAACACAGUUGGUACCAGGACGACCAUUAGAGCCUGUCUAGACUGUUUGCCCUCGGUGAAUCCAGCCUGUCUGCAUGGUGCUGGAUGAUGUACGUCUCCGCUCUCACCCCCCCGUGGCCCAUUUCGGGGUUAGCUAGAGUUUAGAGACAACUUUGUCCCCAUCUCCUCGUUCGUCCUGCUACAGAGCAUCACAAAGUGCGGGACUGCCCUCUCUCUCUCUCUUUCUCUCUCUCUCUUUCAGUCUUUCUUUCUCUCUCUAUGUCUCACUGUUAUGGCUGGGGACAGCGGACGCCCGCCACCUCCAAUUUCGCUCCAGCGGUGUCUGGCUGCAGGCUGCCAACGCGCUGGUGACAGGGGUCAUUUAGAUGGACGCUGAGAGGGCCAGUUUAGCCAAGCCAGCCGGUCGGCCGGACAAACAAAGGAAAACAAGGCCGGGGUGGAUGUCUGGGUCUAAAGCUUAUGUGUUUGUAAGAAACAGAUGCACUUUGUGUUUGGAGAGCGCCGCCUGAAGAUGCGUUUUACUGCUGGGACUCUGUUUCAUGGGCUGAGUCUGAGUGUCUGGGGCCAUUUUAAGGUCACUAGUACACUGCCUUAUCUUCAGCUAGAGCAGCAAUUUGUAAAUAUAGUCACAUGACUUAAUCUAAAAGGCAAAAAUGUGAACAAAAUAGGAAUUUAUAGCACCUGUGGUAUACCGGCCAAAUAUGUAGGUGAAGGCGAAUUUUUUUUUUUAUGUAUGUAGGAUCGUAGGGGAAUGUCCCGCCCUCCUUCGCCUCUGAUUGGCUAGAAGUGCUGGGCUCUGAUUGCUUUUUCCUUAUGACUGUGAAACAUCAUCGUCUGUCGAGUUAGGGUUAGCGUUAGGGGAUUCAGAAGAGCGAUAAUGUUCUGUAAUUUUCUGUUCGAUGUACAGAGCCAACAGCCUGUGUAUUAUUUGCGCAUGUGCUGACGUUUCCAGCUUUUCUGGCCAAUCAGAGGCGAAGGAGGCAGGACUUUCCCCUACUACAAAAAAAUAUAUUGCUAGAUGAAGCUACAUCCAGGGUUAGAGUUAGGGUUAGGGCACAAUCACACAAAACAAGCUAAGAAAUAAAGCCAGAUUUUUAAUGCCAUUUAACCACAUUGGAUUGGGGUUAGGGGGUUAGAGUUAGGGUUAGAGGGGUCAGAGUUAGGGUUAGGGUCAGAGGGUUAGGGUAAGAGGGGUAACUGUUAGGGUUAGAAAGGGUUAGGGUAAGAGGGGUUAGAGUUAGGGUUAGGGUUAGGCGGUUAAGGUUAGGGUUAGGGUUAUAGUGGUUAGGGUUUGGGGGGUUAGGGUAAGAGGGGUUAGGAGUUAAAGGCAGGCAAUCAAAAAAGUUUUCAUGAUAAAUCUUCCAGGCUUUAUGAUGUUUUCUCUCUUCCCUGGAGAAAAGUGCUCACAGGCAUGUGUUAAUCUCAAGGUCAUAUUUUCCAUAUUUCAAACAUAACUGUUGAGAUAUGUAAAAAAUAGAGGCGGAUAUUUGUACAACAUUAGACAAGUAAAACAAGCAUGAAAAUUGUUUACUUUUUGUCAACUUGCUGUUAUUAAAAUAAUUUUCUAAAAGCAGGUAAAAGUUAUUAGGCAAACUCAUUUUAUCUGCUUAUCAUUUGAUAGUAUAUUUCUACCGUCUGUGGCCUGUCAGGGCUGCUGUAGUAAACACUUAAAUGUCCAGAUAAGCUGGAAGGAACGUGCCGGUUGUUUAUAGAUCUCAGCUUUGACAGUAUUAAAUUUACUGUUAGUGGGAAGUGAUUCUGAAAAAGGGAACUAUAAAAGAGUGAGUGUAACAUAUUUGCUGUGUGUGGGCGCCGGGAGCAGACACAGUAAGAGCUCUUUUUUCUACAUUGUUGUGUUUUUCCUGUGAACUUGGUGUCCCCUUUAAAUGUCCGAAGGGAAUCUUUCUUCCCCUCAUGAGAUUUAUGAGGCGAUAUUAAAGAUGAUUCCAGUGAAGGUGCUUUAUGUUUUCCUGUGCUUCCGCAUCUAGCUGGUAAAGCAGGUCGUAAACUUCUUAGAAGAGUCCCCAGAAAGCAGUCAGGAGUUAUUACCUCCGUCUCUGAGCUCAGAAGAAGGGUGUAACAGACAGUUUGUGUCCUCAGGUUUGAUUGACCGGGUCACAUUGUGAAGCUUGUCAAAUCCUGAGACUGUCUGGACUUCCCUUUUAAAGAUGCAGCAGCAUUAAGUUGCAUUCCUUAUGUAGCAGUAGAAAUUAUUGUGUAAGAGAACCUUGCAACAGUUUUGAAGGUGUUCAUCAAGAGUGAAGUGUGGCUGCUAAUAGCAUUAGUUUUGUCCAAUGAUAUUUAAGCGAAAAAAGGGCCAAAAUGUUCUGCACUCUCUUGUUUUGUAUCUCACUCGUCACUCUCUGCUGCACAGUACUGCACUGUGCACUCUCCUCCUGAUGUGUCUAAACUCUCUCUUAGGGCUGGGGGAUAUGGGGAAAAGUUUAUCACUAUAUAUAUAUUUUUUUCAUAUCAGUUGAUAUAGAUAUAUAUCACGAUAUAAAAAAUGAAAUUUAACAGUGCUUAUUGGUAGCAUGUCUUUUGCAACACGAUAAGCUUCUGCACCUGUGAGAUCUUGGGUUUGUAACCUUUCGCGUUGUGUGUGCUCUGUGGCGUGUCACUGCUUCAGGUGGUGAAAAAGAUUUACCUCCACACCACCGACGUUUUCAUGCCAGUUUUGUCGACAGUGUCAUCAUCUGUUGAGCCUUCAUCUGCAUUUCUGACGGAGGUUGCACUUAUUUGGCUGUUGGCUCCAAGUGUUAAAGUGCUGUGGUUGCGUGUAGCUGCUGUCUGCUAUGACGCAGUUGUUUGCUACUUUGUUCUAAUUCAGCACAUGAUUGGUUCAGCGUGAAGCGGACCCGGAGCAACUCUCCUUUUCAUUGGAUAUUCGUAUAGUCUACCAAAACACAUCAGAAUGUCAACUAUUGAAAAGCAUUUUGACCAUAUUUAUAUUGAUAUUGAUGUAAAUUAAUUAUCGUUUUAUCGCCCAGCCCUACUCUGUCUGCAUAACAAAUAUCAGCCAAGUAACUUCACUGAUAGUUGUCAUCAUCUACUGUUGGUAUGUUACAAUACAUUAUAUAUUAUGAGCUUUGGAUGGUGCAGGUGCUUUGCAGACAGGUCUCGUGAAAAUGUUUAAUAACCAUCAACGUCCACCCAAAAACAGACCUCAUUCACUAGAUUCGAUUUUUCAUUAUCUGGCAACUUUCUGGUCUCUGUAACAUAAAGUUUAUUCUGUGCUUGAUUUAUAAUGAUAAUUGUGGCUGCCUGAAAAAUAUGAGAGGCUAAGAGAGGCCAUUAGUCAUGUAAAAUAUGUGUACAAUCUGCAGUUAAUGAGCCACACAUGAAAAAUAACUGACAGCCCAUUAAAACCCAUUUCCCACCAGAAUCGCUUAUUUCAUUCCUAGAACCUUCUCAGAAAUGUCACUCGGCUCUGAUCCGUUCUGAGAAGCCCACUCUGCUCACCAGCGCAGUCCUGCAGAGUUAUUGAUCGAUGUCGGACCCUGUCUGGCUCCGGGUUGAAACUGGGGGCCUCAGGGAUCCAGGCAGUCAGAUGGAGAGGGACACUGGAAUGGCAGAGCUGCUAGUGGUGGGCUUAAAGCUGCAGUGCUAUUGAUUGACACAAGAGAUAGAAGCAGAGCUGAAAGUAAGACAAAGAAGAAAGAAAUAUUACAGUCUGGAACCAUCCCCAGGUGGUUUUGGUAGCCAAAUGGAGCCUCUAUGCCAACCUGAUAUGAGCAGAUUAUAUCUUUCUCUGCAAUAUUUGCAGCAGUCUCACUGGAAUUAAACAAUGCUUCAGGAAACAGAAGAUAAGCUGAAAUUAGACAUAACUGCACUCCCAUAUCUCAUGUUUUCACACAAAAGUAAUCCAUCUCUGACCACAGACUGCAUGAAACAAGUACGUAGUCUCGGGCCUUGUUUAGAUGAGAAUGACCAGACAAAAUGGAAAAGUUAAUCCCUUUCUACCGCAUACAGUUCAGUAACGUCACCUUUUUGACGGCUUCAGUAUCACCAUGGACACAAAGCCUGGAUUUUAAUGCUGCGUUCCAGUUACCUCAGAAGUCGGAUGUCGGAGCUGGGAAUGACGUUACACCCGAGUUGACGGCGUUCCAGUUAACAAGUCGGAAAACCGAGAUGGACGCCUACACUUACCCGUUGUUUACAAUUGUCAGCUGUUGUUGGCCGUUGUCAGCUGUUGUUAGCGGUAGUCAUCUGUUGUUAGCGAUACCAGUUGAUACCAAAUCCCGAUUUCUGAGUACAACUGGAACACAGCAUAAGAUUCUGCGAUCAAAGUUGGAAAUUUACCAUCAGUUGUGAAUUCUAAAAUCAAGGUCAAAGUUUUACAAUGAACUUGGGAUUCCGGAAUCGAUUUCGAAUUCUGAGUUCAAUUCUGAGUUAGAAUUCUGUUGUCAAUUUAGAAUUCUGAGAUCAAAGCCACGUGAAGGAUUUGAAGCCAGAUUCCACAGUCAAAGUUGAACUCUGAGACUAAAGUCAGAACCUUUUGUAUUUUUGAAGUCUUUGAGAUAUUAACCUGACUUCUGAGAGAAAAAGAGUCAAAAUUGUGAAUUCUUUUAUUUACCUUUAAGUUUUGGGACUGAAAGACUUUUGGGUAGAGAUGGUUUUGUAAUUAUGUCGUGUUUGUACUUAAGCUUUACCUGUCCGUCUGCAGCUCUGUCAAACUCAGAUCUCUGUCUCCUGUUUAACACUGAACACCUGUUUAGGAUUUUCAGGUACUGCAUUGUUCACUCCCCUGUGUGUACUUAAACAGAACAGCUGUGUUUACAUCUUUUUGUUAAUAUUUGUUCACCGCAUUAUUUGAAUACCUUUCCUUUUUGUGAGCACGACUAAUCCUUAAUCCUCCACGAGUCUGCAGUCAUCAUCGUACAGCUAAAUGAUACUGACAGUGGUCACGAUGGAGAACAUUAUGAGCCUUACUGAUGAAUUAGUAGACAGUGGGAGAUCCCAUUUGACAUUCGGUUUAGGACAUUCAGGCAGAUUCGUGCUGGCUGUAAAAUGACAGCUGCUUUCUAUUGUUUUAUGAGCCGUUCCCAAACCAAUACUGGUCAUGAAAAUCCUAAAAUACACCCUACAAGGAAGAUGUACCAAUGAAAAUUCACCUUUUAAUGAAAAACCUACCCAUUGAUUUCAGGAGACCGCAAUGCAACACCACCACUGGCUGUGAUGUUGCUUAUUGCUACACCUGUCUGAAUUCAUUCCCAUUUGUCUGAAUGUUAGAUCACAAUUACAAUUAGUCUUUAUUCAAGGUUUUCAUUAGUUACUCACCCAUCCAAAGUACGAAAUAAGACACUUUUGAAGUACAACUGUAGAGGGGCUGCAAGCUGAGCUACUAACGAUGAAAUAUCCAUUUUUUUUUCUCUGUCAGGACUUUUUUUGUGUAGGAGUCCUUUAUUGCCUAUCAUUCGAGGUUUUUGUCAGUAACCUACUCAUCCAGAGAGCCAAAUGAAACAGACUUUUGAACCAUAACUGUUGAGGUGCUGUGAGCUGAGCUGCUACCUACAUUAGAUCAACUUUUUUUUGUCAAUGCUUUUGAACGAGGAGUGUUUGAUCGGUUAUCAUUCAAGGAUUUAUCAGUAACUAACAUGCCUAAAGUGCAAAAUAAAACUGACUUUUGAACAACAAAUGUGGAGGGGCUGCAAGCUGAGCUGCCACUGAUGUUUGAUCACGUAGUUUUCAAGUUGGGAUUGCUUUAUUGGUCAUCAUCCAAGCUUUCAUUGGUUAUUUACUCCUCCAUAGUACGAUGUGAAAAAGACUUUUGAACUCCACCUGCUUUUAAUGGCAUCUUGGCACCCUGAAGAAGACAGAUUAUCACGUUAAGAUGCUGUUUUAUGUUUUGCACUAAUGCCAGAUUCAGAGCCAGGUAUCGAAAACAUCUCUGGUAUCUCAGCUAACCGUAUGCAGCCACAGCGUACGGCCUGUGAUUUGCUUUUUCCUCAGCUCUGAGACAAAAAUGUCAAAUUCCUCCCAGUGUGCCAGGCGGUCGGGCCUUCUCAUUUAGAUUCAGCAGCGUCUGCCAGGAAAGAUGCAGAGACGAGAUCACGAUUCCUUUGAAAGCGAGCAAACCGAGUACUUGACAGCACUUGAAGUCUCCCAUCUUAACAGCAUGUAUCUGAGGUUUGGUGGCGGUGGCGCUGCGUGUCGGGGCGGGUUUGAAGGGGGGAAGAUUAUUGGCAGGAGCCUGUGAUGGAGUGGAAGAUAGAGCCGGCUGUCACAACAGUUUGAGGAGAGUCCCUUUGAAAUGACAGAGAGGACUAAAACAUCCACCCUGCUGCCUCAUCCUCCUCUCCGCUCAGAGUCCAUUUUGAUUUGUGGUUUAUGAUGUGCACUUUAUUGCAGCUUAUCUUACAUGUACAGUGUUCACUCCUGCUCAAAAUGGCUGCCGUGGAUGGCAGACGCUGCUGUUUUCGGCCCUCAGCAAAGCACCUACAUGCAACAGCUUUCAGCCGGGAAAAAAACAAACAAACUUGUGAACAUAUCGAAGGAAAUGAAAGUCUGAUACUGAGAUUGCUCAUUAGCAUGUAUCCUCCAUCUCAGCUGAGAGGGAAAAACAAACUUGAGAUUAAAAUGAGUCAUUGAUAUUCAAAGAGGUGCUCUCGAGUCUGGCUGGAUAAUAAGGAAGCACAUUCUGUUCGGACAAACUGAGGAGAAAAUGGACCUCACAUUGAACUGACUGUUUUACCGAGAUCAUUGAUUUUAAUCAUUGACCACGACACCCUGCAGACGCUAAUUUACACUCUUAUGCCCUUGAGGCUUUGCUGUUAGACAGCAACAAAACAAAAACACUUACAUUAAUGAAAAGUGUUUGUUUUGAACACUCAUAUCUAUCUUUUUUAACUGCAUGACCCUGGUAGUCCACCCUGUAGGACAUGGCGUAGUCUCUUCUGUCGUCCAAAAGUUCUUGAUAGUCCAAAAUUACCAGUAACUUCUAAGGAAUGAGGUUCAGAGCUUCGUAGACCAAAACUGCAUUUGACAUCUGCUGCUGCUGCACACUUUGACAUUUUAACAUGAGUGUUAUUUGGGUUUACUUCGCUUUCAGUUACUGCCUCAAGUGGACACCAAAGGAACUGCAGUUACCAGCACUUCCACACUGGCGUCAUUUGUCAACACAGGAGAUAACAACUGUAUAGAAAAUGAAAGCUGAGGUGAUGGGGUGGAUAGAUUGACAGUUAAUAUAUUGAGAAAUGGACGAAUGAGAAAUGGACGGUGUUGGAUGAAUGACGACAAAGGCAGACAGAUGGGUGGGUUGUUGGACCAAAGGGUGGAUGUAAAUAGAUGGUCCAUCAACGGAGGGACAGAUGGAUGUAUGACAGACAGAUGAAGGAAUGUUUGAAGGAUAGAGAGAUGGCCAAAUGCUUGGACGGAUGACAGAGAUGGAUGGAUGGCAGAUCGAUGGACCAAAAGGUGAAUCAUAGGAUCGAAGGGUAGAUGGAAAAAAGAGUAAUAGAGGAAUGGAUGGAUGAUAGGUGAAUGAAAAGAUGGAUGAAUGCUUGAAUUUGGCAGAUGGGUUGAAGAUGAUGUAUGGAUAGAGGAAUGGAUGACAGGUAGGCAAGUGGAGAGAUAGAUGGAUGGAUGAUGAUGAUGAAUGAAUGGUUGAUGGAGGGAUGGACAAAUGAAAGGAUGGAUGGCAGAUAGAGAGGAUGGACGAAUGCUUGGAUGGAGGAUGGACUGAUUGAUGGAUCAAGUUGAUGGGGCAUUAAAGAUUAGAUAGAAAACAGAUGAUAACUAAAUGGACAUGAUCAAUAAAGUCUAUUUACCAAUGUUAUAAAAAUAUCUUAGUAGUUUGAGACUGGACCCUGAAAUGAGGAUGUUUCCUGGUGUAUGUUGGAAAGCUCCACUCCUUCAUGAAUCACACCAGUCCUGCCCCAGCUUUGUCCAUAAACUCUGACCAGUCACAGUUUUUAUACGGGAGCUUUGUCUAGUCAAAGGUCUUAGUCAUACUUGUUGUACCAACAGCUCUGACUUCCUGAAUAUCACUCUGUCUGCUCUCAGUGUUUUACAGGAAAAAGAAAAAUCUACUCCCACACAAUGACCCGUAUUGUUAGGUCUGACAGGAACUGUGUGUGUGUGUGUGUGUCAUGGAUCAGCUGUUGAGUAUUGUCUUUGUUAAUGUUUAAUGUGUAAGGGCUUUCAGCUGACAUACUGCAUCUUCUGGGUGACAUAUUGGAGGGUUAAGAUGUAAACAAAUGGUACAAUAUUGGUUUUGGACUUUCUGUUUCAAAACCUAGCUGACUAGGACAGUGAUGUCUGUCGUUGACAUUGUGGAUCAAACUGUAAUUGUGUGAAGAAGUAGGCUAGCUGUAGUCCUUGCUCUUCUUGUCAUGAAUUUUUUUAACUUUGUGUUGUAUUCACUAAAACUAUCUCAAAUCAGCAAUUCUACACUUGCCAUUUCUAUGAAGCUAAUGCUAGCUAUGGUUACCGCUGCUCAUAUUUCUUUGUUAUAAUUUGUUGCGAUGACGACUUUUUAGCCGACUUCAGAGAUUGGAUAUAUUGAAACUCAGGGACUUUAUUUUCUUCUCACUGAAUACGGUGCAUGUUUUUUGAAUUACACUUAUGUUAUCUUCUCUGGAACAGUGAGAAACAUCCACACCGGUGACGCCAUGUUUACUCUCAUCAGCUGUUAGCAGCUUUGCCUUUUCUUCUUGAAUCUCCAUUUACAGUUGAUAAUUGUUUAGUCUGUUAUCGCCAUUACACCACGUUCCUCAAAGGGUUAACAUUGGGUUUAUGGGUAUGGGGAGAGCAUAAAGUGUCUUUAUAUGCAGAUGAUGUAAUAUUAUAUGUACCAAAUCCAUCCAAACCAAUAUUUGAAAUUCAUACCGGAUCUGGAAGAUUACAUGGAUCCUUAUAAAUAUCAACGCACAAAGCUCAAAAAUCAUGUAUCUUCAGUAUAAAUCACUUAUUCUAUAAAAGUUCUUAUUCUUUGUGUAACUUUUCACAUUUCAGGAGUAAAGACUCAUUCGAUGUUCGUAAACCGUAUUAUACAUUUUAGUGGGCGGGGUUUAGCUCGAAGCACAAAUAUGUAGUAUUAACCAGUAUUAGACAGGAAGUUGUUUUGCAGAUGAUAACACGGGACCAAGAGUGGGACUUUUCAGUGAAACCACAUUUUCAGAAACAUGUUGCUCUCUUGUAGUUGUUGAACUUUGAAUUGGCCCGUCUUCGUUUGUAAGAACAUCACUAACACUGGCUCCAGUUUGAGUUUGAGACACCUGAACUAAACAGGUCGUUAUUGGGAAGAACAAUUUAUGAUAGGUGACUUUUCUGCUGCGACAAAUAUUCAACACAACUUAGUGUCACUGCUGCAGGAUUAUAAUUGGACGAAGACGUGUCAAACUGAUCGUAAAAGCAACACUUUUUAUGAUUUGUCUUCAGAGGAGCAUAUUUACAAAGUUGUUCUUCUUCUGUUUUUAUUGAUUCUUGGAGUACAGUCCUUCAUCCAGCCAAAAAAACCUGCUGAAAUGAAUAUUUUAUGAAAAAGUACCAUCAUUGAUUUUCUGCAGUCAAACCAGGCGCUGAUUUACAUCCCUGUGUGCCGACAGUUUCAUUAUCCUUCGGAGGUUUUAUAUUUUCACACCCAACAUAACAGCGAGGACUGCCUGUUUUUGUCCCUGUUAGUUAAAAAGACCAAAUUGCUGAAUAAAUUUGUGGUAUUUAAUUCUGGUUCUGCCUGUUUAGAGCCCAUUCCACACAGAGUGGAUGUCCUCGCGCUAAUAAUGGCAUUUAUUCCCCCAAAACUGGUGCAUAACAAUGGCAACUCUCUGAAGCAGCAUCAGUUAAUAGCUCGGAGCUCAUGUUUGCUUCCUCUUUGAAAUUAAGAGACAAUCUUAAUAAAUUGGUUUUAUAAAUAAAUCGCUCUGGCAGAUCUGAUGCUUCGAAAACACCGGGGAGUUUUGGCUCUACUUUGCAGCUCUGCUAAUUGAGAGGAUUCAGAGCGCUUUUGACAGAUUGAGUGGACUGCAGUGCGUUGCAUGAUUUAGUAGACGGAGGGGCGAGAUGCCAGAGUGAAAACAUUUCAGAGGGUUGGCAGGAUGGAGAGCUGCACUCAAAGGAGAAGGCAGCGGGCAGCUCGGUGCUCGAAUUUCUGCUGUCUACAUGUUUGGACCGGUAGCUACAAUGUGGGUGUUUAACUGCUGGUUUCAAAAGGUUAAAUGGUUCACAGUGUGGUCAGCUGGGAGAAUUAAACUGUUAAAAUAGUGGUCGACUGCAUAUCUGAUUAAACUGUGGUCGUGACCUGAACAAAGAGGCUUUUAAAGAGACAAGGAGGAUCUCGCACAGGUGUUCUCCGUCAACCUGAGCGGACAACCACACCUACCAAGUACAUAAACCUGCACGACAAGACUUAAAGACAUGGUUGACGAUCUAAUAAGCAGAAGAUCCUACGCUAGCUUCAAAUAGGAUUCACCAUGUCAGAUUGUUAGUGACUAGCGGCAGUAAACGCCAGCUCUGCUAGCAAGCGCCGUCUGCAGCUGCCGUCUUGACACUGCAGAGACUAAUAAGAGUUAUUUCUGUAACAUGCGCCACGAUAAAAGGCGAUAAAAAUGACCUGUUCAACAAAAACUCUGCUGUCUCAGCGUCUGUUUCCAGGACCAAAUCCUGGCGGAGCUUUCUCCACCACUCAGAGGACGACCCGAUGUUUAUUGGAGAUAGAUUCCUCUCUUGGUCACAUUUCCUCUUCGACUCCGCCCUUUCUUCUGUCUUUUGGCGUCCUUCUCCAUCACAGCUCCUGUAGCUAAGCUGCUACGCUACUUUUAGCCACUCAGAGGAGGGCCGGGAGAGUGGGAGGGGACGAGUCGGAACUACAGGAGAGGGGUGUGUCGAAUACAGCGAGGUGAUUGGAUGGAGAGGCUGAGCAGGAGAUUGACCAAUGGGAGCUGUCCGGGAUGGACGGCUCCCAUUGGUCAAUGUUUUUGCAGCCCUGCACCUGCUGGGGUUUUUCCAUUCUUUUGUCUCCAUGAUCGCCAUAGAAACGAGGUUCAUAAUAACUCCCAGUCUCUCCAAUCGUCAACCACGCCUUUAACAAGUUUCCCUCUCUUAUAUCAGACAUGUAAAGCUGCAUUACAGCUCUGUUCUACUACCACAGAGACCCAGUUUUUCAUUCAGCACCAGCAGACAGAUGGCAAAAGUGGCAAGACAAGACUCGACCGUAACUGGCAGAAACCCUGAGCAGACCAAGAACUGUUGGAGCAGCCGUUUGGCUUGACCGGAUCAGAAAAGUGUUAGAAUGAAAAACCUGCAAGAAAAUAUCGACUUAAAAAAAAACUGCAAUGCAAGGUUUUUCUACUUUGUCUAUUUCAGAUUAAAAGACUCCAUGUUGACACAAGAUUGAACGACGUCAGUGAAAUGUCAUAAUGAGAUGAUCCAGGCCUGAGGUCGACAGGUCAUCCAUGUUUAGAGUGGCGUCGGUGUUGUACCUCUUGGUUUAGUUUGGGGAACUCAUCAGGAUGUGGAUCAUAACGGCUUUCAGUGACGUUUUUACUAUUUGAGUUUGGACCCCAGUGUCCUGAGCUGCUUUACCCAUCCAUAACCGGGGACCACCAUCACAGGAAGACUGAACAUUUCUACCAGAAGCUUAGAAUGACAGCUCUCAAUAAGAAUGCUGAUGCUACUUGUUUGCAGGAUCCACCAAAUCAAGCCUGAAUCCUUCCUUUGUUCGCUCAUUAAAAUAAGUCAAAUUCUUGUAUCUCUGCAGCCCGUCAUCGACACUCAUGACCAGCUCCUCUCCUGACGAUUCACCUCCGGACACGGCCAAACUGAAGUAUCUCAUCAGACUCUUUGUCACUCGUACGGGCCGAGCAACCGAGCAGAACAAAUGUUGUGUCUGUGAGGAUGUCUGCGCUCGGCCGACGGUGUCACAUGUAUUUGUCUCCUCGCUCUCUGUUUGUGUGAGAGAGACUGGGCAGUGUCAGAGCUUCAACUCUAAUCCCUACCUGAAUGUUCAGCUGGGAGCUCUGACUGCAGUCGCCAUUAUUCCCGUUAUCAGAGACCCGUUCUGUCGUGGUAAUUUAAUAUCUGACAUCAGUCUUCAGACUGUUUGUCAAUUUAUUCUGUGGAGCAGCUGUAUUUUUUAUUAAAUUUGGCCAUAACAUUCAGAAAUGUAGAGAUUCCAAGUCGUAAAGUUUGAUUGUGUUGAACAAAAUCAAACAAACCGAGGACCCGGAAACCCGAUUUUAAAUCUUGCAAAAAAGGGAACAGAAGUCAUAUACAGUUUCCUUUUGGGGAUCAAUAAAGUUCUUAUCCUCUUAUCGUAUUCUCUGGUUAGGGAUGUGGGUGUUUAGUUAUCCGCGUGAUUUAAGGUCGUCACUCUGUCAUGUUCGCACCAGAGUUAAACUAUUAUCAACAUUUCUAUCAUCGUAGAUCAUAAUUAUAUGUCGUGUAAGUCGGAGUUUAGUAACCCACCAUAAAUCAGAGCUGUAGCUCAAGUCAUGGCGACUACCCGGAUCUGAUGAGCGCUGAUGGUUUGCCAAUAUAUUGAUCCAUAUUAUGGAGCUAAACUAACACAGAGAUGUGAAUGUUAACUCGUGAGGAGAACCACAGGAUGGUGGUGCUAGCUCUGCUAACGUUCGCCAAACUUGGUGAACCAAUUAGACCAGUUUUGACCUGCAGACUUGGAUCUUGUGUUUAGCUGUUUUCAACAAAUUAGGUGAUAAUUUGACGGUGCCUUAUCAACUAGUAGUUGGCUAGUCUGAAUUCAGAUAGUUUAUCGUUGUUUAGGAAUAUUCCUAACUGUUUCAGUGAUACUGAGAUACAGAUUUUGCCCAAAUGGUCUUUUAUUAGAAUUAUCCAAAAAGUCUGGUCCUCUCUCUUCAUCAGAGUUGGGUUUUUUCACAUUAAACACUUCUACUGAGUGUUUUCCAAGAAUAAAUACAGACGUGAUGACGUUUGUCGGGGCGCUGAUUGCGAGGAAUCUCAUGGGGGUUGUAAUCUGUGCCUCAGCGUGCAAAGAAACAGCUGAUUUCCUGAUAAUCCUCUGAUGGAGAGUAAGACGAGGACUUUCUCGGAUCUCAGGGGUCUUUGGGAGCCUGGAAACACCAUCCAGAUCCAGACAUGUUGUUCAAACUACUUCAUAAGAAUCUCCCAGUGUGUAAGAAGUUAAAAACAAGUCAACAAAAGACGGACUGGGCAGACGUAAUGUUUUUAGAUACUGGACACUAAAUUCUGAGCCAAACACAGUUGACGAUUCAUCACUGGAGCUGCAGUACGACUCAAACAAGUCGUUUCAGCGGCUUUGUCUUUCAGUAAAGAAAAAAAAAAAAGCUUUUUACGGUUUUCUUUAGUGGAGGAAAGUUCAUAAACAGAAGAGUGGGGUUUCUACUUCACACUCACCCAGCUCUGCUUUGUUAUAUCAGGAAGUGUUGAGUUCAGUCAACUUUUGACCUCGUGUCAUGAUAUCAGCCGACACGCCUCGGCACUCUGCAAACAUUUGAAUUUACAAUCGGGCACUUUUACUGUGAUAGCGCCGUGUUUAACCACGCUGUUUAUGCUGAUCUUUGACUCACUGCAGUUAUUUCUGAUCCUGAAGUUUAACCUCUGUUACCGGGUCUCUCUGGAGCUCGGAGGGAAAACUCCUGAUCCGAACAUCCAGUGAAGAAAUUUCGUCUUUUUCAGGUUCUUAUGUAAGAACAUCUCGUGUAGAAAGGACCUGAGAUAACCAGAGUUUGUAGCCGGCAUGAGUCCACAUGGACUGCACUCAAGUUGCACGUUUUCUAUUAUUUAUUCUUUGGAGCACUUCAUGAAAAAAUGAUACCAAGUGUUUCAGUCUUUGGGGUUAACCCUGCUCUUUUUUUAGCGUUACAAGAUUGUGCUUUGAGUCGUUUUUUCCGUCUGCCAUGAAGCGUGAUGGCGAACAAAGCCUGCGACAUGGACGAAGUCAGGGAACAGAGCUGGUGACGUCUGUCCCGAUGUGUCGGAGAGAAUGUUACGUCAGAGAUGACAGUUAAGAAGCUGUUGAUGUACCGUCUUUGCUAACUCUGACGCCAUUGGACACCAGACUGGCCUAGUGUGUAAACCAUAGACUGUAGAUAGAAUGAAGCCACCGCGAGAACAGCACCCUCUGGUGACGGUUUGCAGUAUAGGUCAUAAAUCCCGCCUCCUCCAGCGAUUUCUAUGGAGCUGUGGACAAACUUUAGAAAUUAAUGACACAGAAUAUAAAUGUUUCUCCCUCCUGGUUGUGAUGUUGACAUGUAGUUACUGUAAGACUGGUUUGUGCUCAAGUCCUCUUUUUUUCUGUAUGGCUAUGUUUUUAAAGGUUAUUAGGGGGUUCAUGUUUUCUAUGAUUGACACUUGAUACAGCCUAUGGGCGUACAAAGAUUGCGUAGCUAACCCGGGGGAUACGCUGACGACUCUCCCGCUGAGUGCCCACAACGCUACUGCGCAAUGUUGGUUUCAGGAAAUAGAAAAAAAUGCGUAAUUACCGAGAACUUUUCGGCUUCAAAUCUGUAUAAUGGCGGAAGGCGGAGCCAAGUUGUCCGUAGUUUAUACAGUUGUAGCAAUCAAGACAACCCUGGAUGUGAAACCCACACAUUCCUUACAGGAAAGUUUCCUUAUCUGGUCCCAGGAAACAGGAUAUAAAUCUUUCCAGACGUGUUUGCACUUUCAGGUUAAAUAAGUGACCCAACAGGAGGUUGACUAAACCUCUGACUCUUCACGAUUGGUCAAUUCGGAGAACAGAGACAGAGUUUUAUUACCUUUCAAACUGACUCCAUUUGCUGACCAUCUAAAUAAACAUUAACGUCUCAACCCAGAUCUCCCAUUUGAGAUUUAGUGUCUUAAAGUGUGUGAACAUACGGACCCUAGGAAAAGGGGGACACUGACCUCCAGACCUCGGUCGUAAAACCCUGCUCGACCAUACACUGAUAAAGACUGCAUUCCUUUGGUGAAAGAAUACAAAUGACUGAUCAUGACAUCUUAUGCAUUCAGCAAUUUACUAAUCUGUCUAAUCAUAAAAUUUGUGUUAAAAUGAGAUGUUUCCCGUUUUUCUAUGUGCUUCAGAAGCAGAGUUAUCUUAUCUGACAGAAUAAAUCCUUUAUUCUUUAGUUUCUUUAGACCAACAGCUUUUCAGACUGUUUCAUGAACUUUUAAGAGUUAAAUUUAUUGACUAUGAAUCCUAAGUUUACUCUAAGUAACAGAAAUAGUUUAGAAAUGUUUGGUUUAUAUUGUAGUUGUUUAUUUAGUAUUUUUAACCAUUAGGUGGUUAUAAUGUCAUUGAAUAACCUUAAUGUGAGUAUUUAGAAUCCAUUAUUAAUCAUGAUGAAGUUCAUUCACAUGUGUUUACGCUUUUGUUGUUUACAGUUUCCAUGUGUUACUGUCUGUUUCAUUUCAGAGUAAUUUAGCAUGUUCAAUGUGAUACUUAAAACAUAAUGAGAAUGUUUGAUGUGAUCCUACACUUCAUUCAUAUGUGUUUAGUGUCAAAUUAUUUGUCAUGAAACCAAGCAUUCAAUGAUAUUAAUCAUAGUGAGUGAGUAUCAGAUCUGACUCUUUACCAGCCAAAAGAAUAAGUUAGAUCAAAUAAUCAAAGACCACACGACCCCUCCUCUGUCUCCUCACACACACGCCGGAGCCACUCCCAGUGUGAAGAAGAUAAAACCAGUGAAGUCGGGUUGCUCAUUUUUUUUUUCUCUUAUGUCUCUUUCCUCUUAUGCUUCUGCUCUUCUGCUGACUCUCUUGUCCCCGGCUCUUAUGCCCCUUCUCUUCUGCCCACACCCUUCUGUGGUGCGUUUCUUUGUUUUCUCUUAGAACUUUUUCUUAGUCUUCUAAGUUUUACGCCACGUGUUGAUUCACGUUGAUUUUUCUUUAACAUCGUCUUAGUUCAAGUUUUGAAACUUCAACUUUUUGUGCACAUAGCAAUUCAAGAUUAAGCCUUUGAUUGAUUUUUCUUUAAUUUCGCGAAGCCAUUUUUGAAAGUUUUCUCUGCUCUUUGAGCCUCGUUUUUCUGAGUUUUCUGCGUGAUUCAAAGUCACCUCUGAACGCAACCCAGCAGGCCCAGGUCAUCCUCUGUGCCAGAGUUUUUAAGUGAGACCAAAGAAGUACCCAAACGAGCAUCCACAGGAUCCACAGGCGCUGGCUUUGCUUCGGGCCCGAGUGCUGCAACUCCUGGCUCAUCCUUCGGCUGACUUCAGUCGUCUUCUGAGCUGAACCGCUCGAACCGCCAGUAGCCCGGACCUUCGGAACCUGCUCCAUCUUCUCCAAGGACCAGUCUCACUUAAGUAUGCAAACCUCCAGAGCUCUAAAGAGGGCUGGUGCUGUCUCCUGCGUUCAUAGCUCAGAUAUCCACCUAUUUCUGGUGAUCUUAGAUUCCUCCAAAUCCACAUCCGAGUUUAUCUCGACACCAAAGUUAGUGUAGGUUAAUAUGUUAGCGCAUAUUCACUCACUAUCAUUAACUUUAGUGCUCCUAGCCUGACUCAGAAUCUUUAUUUAUUCACCUAUUAUUAUUUAUCUUCGUUAUCUUAUCAUCAUUUAUUGCAUGUGUGUUGUACCAUCAUUUAUCCUGUAAUAAACAGAUCAUUAUUUUUCUAAGUUCCUGUCUGUUAGUGUUCUUCCAGAAGUGGAGUCCCUGAAAUUAGAAUUUCGACUUAAGAUAUGAGACUGAUUAAUUAAGACUGAUUAAUUAAGACUGAUUAAUUAAAACUGACUUGAUGUUUGAUUUCUGAAUUAAACUUUUGUUUUCUUUAUUUUCCCACCAUUAAGGGUGGGUGGUGCCCCUUUCAACGAGUGCAUAAAUGUCAUAAUUUGAGAUUAUUAAUCUUCAGACAUUUAUUAUAAAUUCCAAUCGCCAAGUAUUAUUUUGGUGCGGCCUUGUGAGGCUCAUUUCAAAUCGCUACAUAUAUUUUGGUGCGACCGUAUGAGGCUCACUUCAAAUCACUACAUAUAUUUUGGAGCCCCUGCGUGAGGCGUUUCAAACAAAACUUCUGGAUACUAACAGACAACCUAAAACUUAGCCUUCCAAAUUGAUGAGAGAAACUUAUUCCCAGGCUGUUUUAGACUUAAUCACUAUCAAUGCUAUGCUUGCUGAAGUUGCUUGACUAAGUUCUGAUGUUUUCCUGAUCUAUGCAUAAAAGCUUUAUGCUCUGUGUUUCACACACUUUUGUACUACAUGCCUGUAGUCUGUGUUUGAGCUGGACAGCGUGAAUGGUUGUUCUGAGUAGCAGUGAGACUGCUUCUUCUGCUCUGUCUAGACUGUCCAAUAUUUAAGUGCACGAUUGUUGCGUCGCCGUACGCUUGUAUUUAAGGCCUUUGGCUGAACCCAGUGUUCGCGAUGCUCCGAGCUGUGGUUUCAAGCCCCUGAAGUCUCUGUAGUCUGCUACGAGGUUCUAGUAACUAUAUGGGAUUCAGAUUUCCUCCUUUCCCCUGACAGAUUAGCUACCUGUCACAGGAAACCACUGUAACAGUGGGAGGUUGUUGUUUGAUUGAAUUGAGACAAAAUUUGUGUUCACAAAUCGCCGCAUUUGUGAUUUUUAAGUUUGCAGUUGAAUCUGCUGUUGAGGGAUUUGUCACUUUGAUUCUUGUCUCUAUAGUCUGCUAUGAAGUUCUAGUAACUAUAUGGGAUUUAGAUUUCCUCCUUUCCCCUGACAGAUAAGCUAUCUGUCACAGGAAACCACUGUAGCAGUGGGAGGUUGUUGUUUGAAUGAAUUCAGACAAAAUCCGUGAUCACGAAUCACCGCAUUUGUGAUUUUAAAGUCUGCAGUUGAAUCUGCUGUUUAAGGAUUUGUCACUUUGAUUCUUGUUCCUGUAAAUGAUUUUAUUGAACCAAUCUGCCUGAGCAGAUGGUGUAAAGUUCUAUGUUUGAGGGUGCAGACGCAGCCUGCUGUGAAGAGUUAACCCUUUGUUGUCAGUGGAGAGACUGACCUUUUGGCCUUAAGUAGAUAAGGCCCUUCAAGGAGGCAGAGCCUAAAGGCCCCUUCCUGCAUACUUUCCAACUUCACAGCUACAAGAGGCUAGUUGGAUGACUGUUUCCUCUUCUCUUCUUCUUCUCCACUUGUGUUGAGCUUGUGCAGUUCUCCCAACUCCAUACUGCCCCACAUGGUUGCUUUUGGUAUUGAGCUAACACUGUUAUCUGCCUGCAGUAUCAGCCAGCUGUACUGCCUCUCUGUAGUCAGUGUGUAACACUCUACAGACAUAAUUCAAGUGAUUGACUUGGUUGAUGAAGUUUGAUGUGCUUAUUCUAAAUCAUUGAUCACUGAUUUUUUUGAUUUUUAUCUUUGUUAUAAGAGCCUACAUAAUGUAUUGAUAAAGUAACUCCUUGAAUCAAUCACCUGAUCUGUUGUUACUUAUUACACCAUUGAGCAGUUUUACUGUUCCCUAUAAUACAUGAAUGUAUUAACCCUCCUCAUAAGAUUAAUUAAUUAAUGAACAAAUUAAUUAAUAUUUGAAAUCUAUUUUACCAUUUCAGAUGAAUUUGGUAGUUGAACCUUUGGAUUUAUUGCAAUUUGUGAAUUAACUUCAGAGUUAAUUCCUUGAAUUGACAAUUUCAUUGAUUUUUCAAAUUCAUCCAACUGCAUCAGGCAGUUUAUUUAAUCUUUGCUGAUCUCUGCAACACGGAGACAAACUGAACCCUUUAUUCAAUGGUUCUGUAUCUGAUGUUAAAUUUAAUUUAACAUUAUUUCACCUUGUUUUAUUUCAGUUUUCAUUGAAAUGAACUUAACUUUAUGUUAUUUUCCUCUCCAUUAGAGAUCUACUCAGAUAGGCUCUUCCUCUUUAUCAAGCACUGAUAAAUUAAGUCGAUUAACCCACUUAAUUUGAUAUUUUGCUUCUUCCUUUGAUUUUAAGUCCACUCAAACUCAUCAACCAACCACCUGCACCUCUUUACCAAAACCAAACAUGCCUAACACAAAAGAGUCCAGCCAGGGAGACCCCCUGAGGGACAUACACCCAGUGUUGGCAAACUUGACUAGUCAGCUGAUACCUCAGUACAUGACUAAGAUUCAAAAGGCCAAACCCUCCAAUCCGGAGGAUGAAAUGGCUGACCUACUGGAAACAGCCUUAACCAUGACACUUCGUGACAAAGAGCUCACUAGACGCAUGUCUGUCGUGAUGUCUUCUCAGCUUGAGUAUAAAGACUACUUGCUGGAAUGCGCUUUAGCAAAGAUAAAGACGCAAAAAGAAGAAAACAGCGCUCUGAAAAAGACGCUAGAAGAGACUAAGAAGUCUCUAAGUGUUUUAGAAAAACACAGUGCCAGAUGUGAAGCGUCAAAGCUUCCCUCACUGAUAAGUCAUGAAGAAAAUCUUGAUCUUAAAGACAAGAUUGAAAGACUUAAUGAAACCCUUUACAAAAAGGAGAAAGAACUUGAUGACACGAAUAAGCAGCUUGCUAAGACCACAGAGGAUCUGAUACAGUCAGAAUCCCUACUAGAGCAAGCAACAGAAGAUGUAAAAGCUUUGAAAGCACUGGUCAAAGUGCGUGCUGAAGCUCUUGAAGUUAAGGAGAAGCAAACUUCUACCUUACAGCACCAGCUCCAGAUAGCUCAAAGACAGUUAAUUCUUUGUCAAGAACGGCAAGAAAAGACAGACAAAGAACUUGAAGAUGCCCAAAGAGAGUUACAAUGCUCCCUCCAGUCAGGUCGAGCCCAAAGAGAACGCAUGGAGCAAACUUUUCUUGAAGAAAUGAUAGGUGAUCAGCCUCCUGAGAGAGCGCCAUCACUUCCUUCCAAACCAACUCUUAAGUAUCUCUCUCAGCAUCAUGACAGGACCCUGCUUGACCCUGAGAGGUCAUCCUUAAACCAAGAGUCCUACUCUCCUCCCCAUGAUGGCUUCUUACCAUUUCCCUCAGAUAGGGAUCUUGACAAAAUUGCUCGCAUCAUAGCACGCUUUGAACCUGAGCACCAAGGUGCUACUGACACCUGCACCUACUUGAAAGACAUUGACUUUUACCUGCGGAAAUUUCCAGGUGCAACCACUGAUGACAAAAUCUACCUUAUUAAGGCGACGUCAAGUCGAGAGGUUAGCAGUUUCCUUGAACGACAGCCUUAUCAUGUCAGAAAUAAUUAUGACUUGCUCUGCCAAGCAUUAAUCGAAGAGUUUUCUGAUCAUUUGACCCAGACAGGCCUUUCUGCUGCUCUGUCUAUUAAACAAGGGAGAUCAGAACCUCCCCAACAUUAUUACAACCGCUUACGCGAAGCUUACUUUGGUUUCCGAAAUGAACCAGAAAUGGAGGAGGACUUGAACUUCAAAACGCUGUUCGUCCAGAACCUCCACCCUACCACCAGUCAUCACCUUGGUGUCUUAGCUUGUCCAAACACUUCGACUAGCCGAUAGCUUCGUGAACUUGCUGUAAAAGGUUUUGCCAAACAACGACAAACUUUGGCUAAGAAAGCAGAGCCCGUUACUCUCUUGGCUAUGGAGACAAAAUCACUGCCCAUGGAGCUGAAUGAAGCUUCAGACUGUGUUUUUUCAGGCUCCGAUAAGCCUCCAAAUGAGUGGUUAACCAGGCCUCCAAAACCUUUUCGACCUCAACAAACUCACAAAGGUCAAAGUUACACACCAAGGCCCAGUUCUGACACAGACCAAUGCCAGGUAAACUUUGAGACCAACUGUUGUUAUUUAGACUCCCGUCACGGUGGGUUUUAUCCCAGACAAAGGAAAAACCAUCAACACCGCCAAAGGGGGGUGAAUGACUGGCAGAAUCAGAGUAAAUCACACUCUCAGAAACGACGAUCUUAUUAUCCACCUCAAUCGGUUUCAUCCACUUCGAAGGUGCAUAAACAUGACAACUCAGCUAACCACUGAGAUUAACACUGUGGAGUCAUGAAGGUGUGAGUCCUGCGAAAGCAGAAGUCACCUAGCCAAAGCUAAAUGACUCCAAUAAGAUAUCCAAAUGCUGUGGUGAUACAUUGAUGACUGCAAUACCAGUUGCUGCUUUCUUUGUUAGCAUUUGUCUCUCCUUUGUCAAUAUAGUCAGCUUGUCAGCUGUCAAAUAUCCCAUGAACAGACUAAAAGCUGAAAUUGCUGUCACUAAGACUCAGAUUGACAAAUUUCAGACUCAACAGCAGAUAAUUAGUCAAACCGAUAAGAGCAUCAUCCCCAAGUUUAACAGACAAAGUUUAAGAGAAACUCUGUGCAGUAAACUUUUGAUGUUUGGGAUUCAGGUUGACUAUGCUCAUACACAGAUGGUUAAUAUGUCUAUAGCAGACAUUUCUUUUCCACCUAAGUCUUAACCAUUUUUGAAACUGAAAUUGAACUUUCAGACUUCUCCAGCAAGCAUGAAAAACAGCUAUAGCUUUAGAUCCAGUUAGCAUUCAGACUAAAGAGUGCUUUUCUAAGUCUCAUUAAUAUUGAAAAUUAGGAGAUUUUCUUUCACAUUAGUCUACCAAUAGUUAACUGAGAAGAGUCUAACAACUAGACGAUUUUAUUUGAUAGCUUAAUGCAUGCUUAAUUUUAUCUCAAAGCAGUACUAGUGAUUCACAUAGUGAUGACGAGACGCAUCAGUCCUAUUUGCAUACACCUGCUGCUGCUGCUUCAUGGUUGUCUACUCGUCGUCCCGAUGCUCCAUGGACAGGACCACCGUGACGAAGGGGGGACUGUAGCAAUCAAGACAACCCUGGAUGUGAAACCCACACAUUCCUUACAGGAAAGUUUCCUUAUCUGGUCCCAGGAAACAGGAUAUAAAUCUUUCCAGACGUGUUUGCACUUUCAGGUUAAAUAAGUGACCCAACAGGAGGUUGACUAAACCUCUGACUCUUCACGAUUGGUCAAUUCGGAGAACAGAGACAGAGUUUUAUUACCUUUCAAACUGACUCCAUUUGCUGACCAUCUAAAUAAACAUUAACGUCUCAACCCAGAUCUCCCAUUUGAGAUUUAGUGUCUUAAAGUGUGUGAACAUACGGACCCUAGGAAAAGGGGGGACACUGACCUCCAGACCUCGGUCGUAAAACCCUGCUCGACCAUACACUGAUAAAGACUGCAUUCCUUUGGUGAAAGAAUACAAAUGACUGAUCAUGACAUCUUAUGCAUUCAGCAAUUUACUAAUCUGUCUAAUCAUAAAAUUUGUGUUAAAAUGAGAUGUUUCCCGUUUUUCUAUGUGCUUCAGAAGCAGAGUUAUCUUAUCUGACAGAAUAAAUCCUUUAUUCUUUAGUUUCUUUAGACCAACAGCUUUUCAGACUGUUUCAUGAACUUUUAAGAGUUAAAUUUAUUGACUAUGAAUCCUAAGUUUACUCUAAGUAACAGAAAUAGUUUAGAAAUGUUUGGUUUAUAUUGUAGUUGUUUAUUUAGUAUUUUUAACCAUUAGGUGGUUAUAAUGUCAUUGAAUAACCUUAAUGUGAGUAUUUAGAAUCCAUUAUUAAUCAUGAUGAAGUUCAUUCACAUGUGUUUACGCUUUUGUUGUUUACAGUUUCCAUGUGUUACUGUCUGUUUCAUUUCAGAGUAAUUUAGCAUGUUCAAUGUGAUACUUAAAACAUAAUGAGAAUGUUUGAUGUGAUCCUACACUUCAUUCAUAUGUGUUUAGUGUCAAAUUAUUUGUCAUGAAACCAAGCAUUCAAUGAUAUUAAUCAUAGUGAGUGAGUAUCAGAUCUGACUCUUUACCAGCCAAAAGAAUAAGUUAGAUCAAAUAAUCAAAGACCACACGACCCCUCCUCUGUCUCCUCACACACACGCCGGAGCCACUCCCAGUGUGAAGAAGAUAAAACCAGUGAAGUCGGGUUGCUCAUUUUUUUUUUCUCUUAUGUCUCUUUCCUCUUAUGCUUCUGCUCUUCUGCUGACUCUCUUGUCCCCGGCUCUUAUGCCCCUUCUCUUCUGCCCACACCCUUCUGUGGUGCGUUUCUUUGUUUUCUCUUAGAACUUUUUCUUAGUCUUCUAAGUUUUACGCCACGUGUUGAUUCACGUUGAUUUUUCUUUAACAUCGUCUUAGUUCAAGUUUUGAAACUUCAACUUUUUGUGCACAUAGCAAUUCAAGAUUAAGCCUUUGAUUGAUUUUUCUUUAAUUUCGCGAAGCCAUUUUUGAAAGUUUUCUCUGCUCUUUGAGCCUCGUUUUUCUGAGUUUUCUGCGUGAUUCAAAGUCACCUCUGAACGCAACCCAGCAGGCCCAGGUCAUCCUCUGUGCCAGAGUUUUUAAGUGAGACCAAAGAAGUACCCAAACGAGCAUCCACAGGAUCCACAGGCGCUGGCUUUGCUUCGGGCCCGAGUGCUGCAACUCCUGGCUCAUCCUUCGGCUGACUUCAGUCGUCUUCUGAGCUGAACCGCUCGAACCGCCAGUAGCCCGGACCUUCGGAACCUGCUCCAUCUUCUCCAAGGACCAGUCUCACUUAAGUAUGCAAACCUCCAGAGCUCUAAAGAGGGCUGGUGCUGUCUCCUGCGUUCAUAGCUCAGAUAUCCACCUAUUUCUGGUGAUCUUAGAUUCCUCCAAAUCCACAUCCGAGUUUAUCUCGACACCAAAGUUAGUGUAGGUUAAUAUGUUAGCGCAUAUUCACUCACUAUCAUUAACUUUAGUGCUCCUAGCCUGACUCAGAAUCUUUAUUUAUUCACCUAUUAUUAUUUAUCUUCGUUAUCUUAUCAUCAUUUAUUGCAUGUGUGUUGUACCAUCAUUUAUCCUGUAAUAAACAGAUCAUUAUUUUUCUAAGUUCCUGUCUGUUAGUGUUCUUCCAGAAGUGGAGUCCCUGAAAUUAGAAUUUCGACUUAAGAUAUGAGACUGAUUAAUUAAGACUGAUUAAUUAAGACUGAUUAAUUAAAACUGACUUGAUGUUUGAUUUCUGAAUUAAACUUUUGUUUUCUUUAUUUUCCCACCAUUAAGGGUGGGUGGUGCCCCUUUCAACGAGUGCAUAAAUGUCAUAAUUUGAGAUUAUUAAUCUUCAGACAUUUAUUAUAAAUUCCAAUCGCCAAGUAUUAUUUUGGUGCGGCCUUGUGAGGCUCAUUUCAAAUCGCUACAUAUAUUUUGGUGCGACCGUAUGAGGCUCACUUCAAAUCACUACACAGUCUAUGAUGUAAACCCCGGGUAAAGAGGCUAUCGUCCUGAGGUUAGCGGCCGUGUAGUUUUGUUUUAGGCCAUGAGAGCAAAUUCUUUGAAUAGAUAAACAUAAAUACAACAUAUGCACAAAAAUGCGUAGAUAAAAGCAAAUCUAUCUGCAGCCUAAGAUGUGCUGAAUAUCUUUAAAUCUGCAGAAAUCUUCGUAUAAAGUACUUGCUGUUUCUUCUUGGUGGUUACCAGGUGGUUUUCUGCGACCUGCGUGUAAUAACAAAGGCUUUCUUGGCUGUUUUUAUUAUAUAAUUCUGUUAACAGCGAACAGAGUAAAGUUUAGUGGAAACAAACAUUAAAAAAGUAAUGAAUAAAAGAUUAAUGAGAGUCAAGAUUGGCGGUCUCCUAACCUCCUUUUGAUGAAUAUUCAUGUCAUGAUUCAUAAUUUUCUCCAGCGUUGAACUCCUGGAGUAAAAGAGAUUGAGGGUUUUGUUUUUUACUCGUGGAGCAGUUUAUCUAAUGAUGGUGUUUUCAGGAGGAAAUGUUCUUUUUCCUCUUCGGAUUCCCAGGGACCCGUGAUUUCCCAGAGGAUGAGAGUCCUCGAAGGACUCUGCUGCUAUUUUGGAGAGAGGAUUGGGGAAUGCAUUUAUCAGUUUAAUUUUCAUAAAGAGGUAAAUAAAUGCUUAAGUGGCUUUUUAUGAGCUGCUUCUCUGCUUUAGAGGCACUUAUCGUAUUCAUUCCUUCUAUUUUUACAUUUCUCAUCAAAGUCAGUGUGAUUUUUACGAGACAGUGGAGAGUUUAUCUUUUCCUUUAUUACCCAAAACCAUCACCGCUGCUCUUUAGAGCUUCGUAUUCAGAUGAUGUGAAAGUUUCUCAACUUUCCGAAGCUCUCGUAUCAAAGUUCAUCAAGUUCACAACAAACCCGCACAGGAAGAAAUACAGAAGUGAUGGAAACCGACGGGCUCACAUCCAGAGUAAACUGUGGAAAUCACAAAAACCAAACAAGGAGGCAAGAAAGCAAACGGAGACGACGGAUCGGUCGUUUCUUAUUUAGUGAAUUAAACUCCGUUUGUUUAAAGCUUCAAGUUUAUGUGUGACGGAAAAACAAGGCUGACGGCCAACAUCCACAAACACAACGCACAGCCACAGUUUAUCCUGCUAUUUCUGAUUUAAUGUGACAAUGACUGCCAGUGGUCUCGACCUUAGAGCUGCUGAAGGUCAUCAAGUGUUGUUAUUGUUGUUUAAACCUUCAGUUGUUCGGUUUCUUCUCAGCUAAAGAGGCUGGAAGAACGAAGACUGAAGACUAAAGACGCUUCUAUAAAAGGACCAUCAGGAGGACAAAGAUAAACGUUCGAUUAGAGCAACCAAGCUAACACUUUACCUCAAAUGUUGCUAGCUUGUUAGCUUUAAUGUGGGGUUGGCAGGAAUCCGUUAAAGAAGCGUCUUUUUUUGUGGUGUAUAAACAAAAAAACUGUUAAUAUCAGUCAACAGUUAUUAGUUAUUGAUGACAUUUGGUAAUAUAUCGAUAUCUCUGUGUUCUCUUAUGUCUGUGUCGUCAACAUUUCAACAUUUUUGAGUGGUCCGCUCUUUCUGACUGUAAACAAAGCCAUUCUCCGCCUCCCAAAUCUGAUUGGUUGUGAGGCAGACGCUGCUCCCCCGUGUCGUUCAGGAGCCCAAACAAAGUUAGCGUGCUACAAUAUCGGACAGUAGAAACCAACCAGAAAGUUCAGAAAAUUGUCUGAAUCCUCCUUUGGCCACGACUGCCGACACAAGCAAGAAAACAAAGUAAAUACCGGAGAAUAAUAGGAGCCUAAAAAGGAGGUAGACCACCUGGACAAGACCCGGGGACGCUUGGGGAUCUUGGUGACCCUGUAACCUUUCUGCUGGACAGGUAAACCACUUUAACAAAGUAAGACAAGUGUCUGUAACAGAAGUGUUUCUUGUCAAACGGACCUGCUGUAGCGUGUUGUAGCGCAAUCGCUAAACUGUCCUCCCUCGGGUCCUGGACUAUGUCACUUUAUCCUCGUUGUAGAAGUCCUGCAAACAUUGUGUUUGCUGGUAGUCUGUUGGCAUCUACAGUAGCACCAAUGCUUUUGACUUUCACCUUGACUGGGCAGGAGCGAGCAGGAGCGUCUGUUUGUGGGCGGGGCUUGAAGGGGAGAGGAGGAGCUGAGGGGAAAACUGGUUGGGAGGGGUAGAGUUUACAUUCAAGAUUUCUCCCAAAAACUGGAACUUCGUCAGAUCCUGACUACCCCACCUUUAAGCAUCUUUUUUCAAAAGUAGAUGCUGUUAAACUGUCCUGGAAACUUUGUCCCAAGUGGUAAAACAAACUUCCUCUUCACAGCAGAACCAGACUCGGUUAGCAGCCGUCUGCUUGACCUGGAAUCAGUUCCUAAAUUGGGGUAAAACUUGCUAACUGUGAAGCACUGAGGCUGUUAAGCUAGCACCCUGUUAACAAAGAAACUGUGGGAAACUUUGUUGAAACAGCGACACUUUAAUUGUGUUUCAUUUGUUGCCACUUUCAUAAUGUUUUGCAGAUGUGCAGUUUGCUCUUGUUUUGUAUCUGAUUUUGAAAUGGACUGUUAGCAUCUUUUGUUGCUUUCCCACGAUUUUAGGGGGAAACUAAAGUGAUCCAAGAGUAUAUCGCCCCAAUGGUGUUCAAGUGUGAAUACGCAACUGCUCUGCAACCUCAUGCAGUUUGCUCUUGUGUUGUGUCUGACCUUAAUCUUGCCUUUUAGCGGUACUUGAAGCCGGGAAGAUGGCUCAAAAAGCCCAGAUCUGCAGGUGCAUGUCCUUCUCCUGGAAAAUGAGGCCUGAAUUAUCCUAAACUUGCCUCCAAGUCACACAGAUCAGAAACUUACCCGUCUCACAGGGUGACUUUCUCUCCAUAUACAUUCAUUUGUUCCAGCGUCUCAUUGUGGCGAUAAUACACCUUGAGAGAGAGUUUCAAACCCAGCACGUUUCACCAUUACAUCAAAAGGUCUUGCUGAGAUUUCCCUGCAGAUCAGCGUGUCUGGUGUUUUAUCUUUUGGAAAACUCCUGAUGAGAAUUUAAAUCAAACUUCCGUCAGAUCGAGCUCAGCUUGGCGUCUGAAAGUGCCUUUGUAAAGAUGGAAAUGAUGUGGGAAAGGAAACGCAAGAGAAAAGAAAGAGAAGUAACAAAGCCCCAAAUAAAGUGGAUUACUUUUGGUUUCUGUAUCGAGCAAAACUUUUCUGUUUCUCAACGAUUUUUUUUUAUUUCUUUAAGGUCAUUUUUCACAAGAACUUUUUAUCACCGCUUUGACCUUUAUGCAUUUUUAUAGUGCUGAUGAUAGACUCAACUGCCCUCAUUCAGAAGGUCAUCAUCUAAAAGCUCUAAAUGUAGGAGGUGAUGUGGAUUCAUCGAGGCCACAAAGUGACAUUUACCAGGUAACGUGAAAGCAGGAUUUGCUUCAAGAUCGGCCGCUUAAAACCACUUCAGAGACAAAGACGGGCUGAGAAAGAUAAGGAGAUAACAUUUCUAAAGGGCUGCUGGGACUCUUUAAUGACGGAUCAAGACGUCAGGUCUGACCAGAAUAAAGACAUUACCCCAUGUUACCCGGGGUUCAAACGGAGGAUGAUGAACAAAAUUUACCGAACGUUUAUAUACACGGUGAAACUGAACCAAAGUUAGACUGGAUCAGGCGAUUUAAGUGGAAAAGUGUCUUUGUUUCAGUUUAGAAGGGUUAGAAAUGAUUUAUGACUGAGUACGUCACAUACCGGAACAAUCAAAAAAUGCUUUAGUGUUUGUGGAAAAUGGUGGAAACGUGGACUUUAUUCGAUGCAUUUAUGCUGGAACACCUCCGAGUGAACUGGAGUAUUUGCACAACACCUCGGCUAAUUCAGGACUGACUUCAGUGUGUACAUGAUCCACGAUGGAAGCUUUGUCCUUAACUACAAAGUUGUGUCUUAUCCAUCAUGAAUCCACUCCAUAAUUAGGUGAUAAGAUGUGUCCACUCCCCGUCCAGCUCAUUAUCUGUAGAGAUGCUUACCCGGGAUUUCCACCACAUCCGGAACGGCUCCGAUCCAGAAUGUCCAUGUAGAUUCUCAGUCAUCCAGGUCAUGGUUUUCUUGAAGACUCCAAAAUCAGGUAACUGGACUGUGUAGAGUUGAGAGACUCUACGCACUCAACUCUACACAGUCCAGUUACCUGAUUUUGGAGUCUUCAAGAGAUCCAGAAUGGCGUCAAUUUUCGCUGUCCACCAAUUCCUACCAGAUCCGUUUGUGAGGCAAAUUUUGUGACGGAUUGCGGACAGCAGGAAUUGCGAGAACUCACAAGAACCCACAGAUUCACGUACAAUCACGCGAUAACAAGUUGUCUUUAGCCACAUAGGCUAACCAUAUAAGCAGUAGAUUGUGUCCUUCCAGAGGAGGAAAUCUACUUCUAGACUUCUAGAAUCAGCAUCUCCUCAUCCAUGGUGUCAUCGGGGUGAAUGGACGUCUAUAAACAUUUCACUUGUUCGUCUUCGCCCGUUUAUCUGGUGUGAAAUACGACCCGCCUGAAAAGCCAGAUUUGUGUCUGUGCGAAAAGAUCCAAAAAUAGAACUCUGGCGAUCCGCAGCGGAACGGAAAGAAUCCGUUGGAAAUUGACACAUUAAUGCGAAUGGUUACGAUCCGCUGUGAUCGGCGGUUACGGCCUUUUCGUGGUGGAAAUUGGGGGUUACAGCGCAUUUCCCUUAACAGACGCAAACAGGAGCAAACUGCACAUAGUAGGAAAGCUCUGUUUGUUGGACCUUGAGUUGGAGCAUUUAGCAGGGCCUUUUAUAAUUACCGUAAAAUCCGGAAUAUAAGGACAGUAAAUUACUGUAAAUAUAAGACACAGUUUGUUUAUGGAGGCGCCUUGUAAGUGUGUCCUUGUCCUUGUCCUUGCAAAUGAUCGGACAGGUACUUGUCGACCUUUUUCCACGGACUGACAUCUAACCUGACUUACUGUCUGAACCGCACCGACGGAGUUAACACCGCCCAUCUGGCACUGCAGGCAGAUCAAAACAAACACCAAAUAUGGCUUGACCCCGGAGAGCGAGAGAGAGGAAAGUAACGCCAACCUUUAGCAGGAAGACUAACGGUCAUGGGCUGGAUCAUCUCAGCUGUCAUUUACAGCUCAGGGUCCAGAGCGUUUCAAAGUAUUAACUGGAUUAGAACAAGUCCACAGGUUAUCUGCAGAGAGGACUCAGUCGGUCCGGCUCAUUCAUGCGUCCAGCAGGGACUCCCGCCCGGCAGCGUGUAACAGAGCGUAUUCUCCAUCGCAUGUCUUCGUAUAAACAAGUGCUGAGUCAUGGAGCCGCCUGAAGCUGUGGGGUGUCAGCAGCUUCAACAUCAGGGACUAAAUCCUGCACGGUUAAGACCCGGUGAAUCACAUCAGUCUGCUUUCAUUCAAGCUUUCUCCUCUUCUGUAUCAGUUUGGGAAACACGUCGCUGGUAGUAGAGCGGGGGGGAACAUGUGCGACACUGCAGGUCUUUACCUUCAACACCGAGUCAAUAAUCAUCUUUUAUGAGCCGUAUUUUCAACCUGCAGAAACAGACAUUUGUCGUCGAUUUGCAUGUGCAAACACCCGCCACUUAAAACACACAUAAGUGAAUUUUCACCCAGUGAGGCACAAUUACAGUUUGCAUAAAGCUGCAGUGUUUAUAGGUUUAUUAUCACGCCAUAUCAACAUUUUAGUACUCAGACUCAUAAACGACUGAUAAUUACAUACAUACACAUACAUGCCUUGGCCACUUCUGUGAAUCCCCAGUGUUCGGUAGUAACGCCGAUACCUUAUUCAGUAACUAAUACUGUAACACGUUGUUUUUCAAUUCAAUAACUCUGUUUCUGUUCCUUAUGGUCAGGUUUUAUAUGGCAAACAGUUCCCAUAACAUUUUAGCGAUCAAUAAAGUUUAAUUGGAUUAGAAAAACAAAGCACUUGUCCCUCUGGUGUCACGCAUGUAAUCAAACCUGCGCCAUGCCUCCGUGGAGAUACUCACAUUAUUUUCGACCCAACAGCAAAGGGAAAAACGACAUUUCGGUAACAUGUAAACUGUGUCCUGGAUCAAAAAUCCAGCGACCGACAGCAACAGCAAUCUACCGAAGCACCUAGAGAAGCGGCGUGCUUCAACAAAGUUAGCAGCUAAGGUAGCUAACCGCGACCGAGAGUCACAGCAGCGAGCACACACCCACUUCACUCAAGUAGCAGCAGUUAGAGUUCAAAAGACGGACACAUAGACAGGCACAACUUGAUAAAACAACAGCAGGGUAUGUUAAAUUGUUUAUUUGGAUCAUUUUUUAGCGAUAUCAGGCUUUUUUUCCAAGAGUCCGAUGGAAAAACUUUGUUGUUAGUGUCGAGGUUUGUGUUGGUGCACAACGGAUCGUAUCACUCGGAUGAUUAGAUUCAGUGAUGUGGAUGAAUGUAAACGGUUGUUUUAACCAACAGUUUGUUUUAUUCAGCAUCAGUACAGAACUGAAAAGACUCUAGAGGGGAACUCAGUCAAUCUUUAUUUAUCAAGAGCAUCAGAGGAACGUUUUACAGUAACUAAAUAAUUACUUCCUCAGAAACGAAUUACCUCUUUGGUUUCAGUAGCUGAGUUACAAACUUAGUUACUUUAUUUACAAAGUAAAUAGUAACUGUAACUACUAGACACGCCCCUGCCCCCUGCUGUCACUUCUUCUACAUAGAUUUAACCACCGUUCUCAAAAGGUUUUGACCAAUCACAAGCAAGUAUUUAACCCAGACGAGUAAUAACAGAACUCAAGAGAAGAGGAAGGAUGAAUCUAUUUAAUCUGAUUCUAUAUUUUAAAGAGCUGAACCAGGAUGAAUGUUUGGGGAAUCUACUCUAGAGUUGACAGUAAGUCCCGUGUUGGAGGAACUAUUUAGACUUUAAGAGUGACUCUGUAUUUUAAUGAUGACAAAUGUGGUUUUUGAGCAGCUGUUUUGUGUUGUUUCUGGUGGUAUAUUUGGAGCAGACGAGUUUUAUCUGCAGAAAGUCUAAACCGCUCUCACGUCUGUUCCUGCAAACGUCUUUAACUCGACUAUCUCUCUCAUCCUGAGCGUUCGGUUGAGUUUACAUUUUGUGCAGCGGGGCCUCUUCUUGUUUUCUUUAUGGCAACCUUGAAGCUGAUGGAUCACUGUGUGUGUGUGUGUGUGUGUGUGUGUGUGUGUGUGUGUGUGUGUGUGUGUGUAUGUGUGUGAGCAGGGGCUGUAGGCCGGUCAGAGGUCACAUUUUUCUCAGACACACUGUCCGCAUCACACAUUAAUAAACAUUGUGUGUUUAUCCGUGAUGUGCUCUUGUGUGCAUGUGUGUGUGUGUGUGUGUGUGUGUGUGUGUGUGUGUGUGUGUGUGUGUGUGUGUGUGGGUACAUGCGUCAGCAGUGCUUUUGUGGCCUUCUGCAGAAUCACAGACUGUCACACUGAGGACUGGAAAUGGCUCUCACUGUUUAGUUUCAAUCAUUCCCUUAGUAACCUCGGUAACACACACACACACACACACACACACACACACACAUUUGUACCUUUAUGCAACUGAGGAAGACAGUGUGUUAGACGUGAACCUGGGCGAGGUGCCAUAAAUGUUUCUUAUGUUUCUUAUUAUGGCCACUAGGGGGAGACUCCACUCGUUCCAAAGAGAAACUCAGAAUAAAAGAAAAUGAGACUGAUAGAGUAUUUGGUCGAAAUCUGCAGAUUUAAAGGGACAUUCCGGCGUAAAAUUAAUUUAGGGUCAAACACACCGUAACACUUUGUUAAUUUUUCACUGGAAUAUCCCUUUAAGCUUCCUUCUGGUUGGCUAAUUACUCUGAAGAGACCUAAACCAGCUACACUUGAGUUAAACUCUAGCCCGGUGUGUCGAUAGUUCCCAGAUUAGGACAGAUUUUGUACCCCACAUACAUUUACGAUGACGAAGAUGAUGACUCUGAGCUUUACUCGCUUUUGUUUUCCAUCGUGAACAUUAGUUUAUUUAACUCAGUAAGAAGGUUUAGUAAAAUUCAUACGUGCUGCAGUUGGCAGUUUCACCACUAGGUGUCACUGUUGCUGGUUUACACUAGUUGAUGGUUUUACCAACUGUUGAUAGUCUACGCUUGAUGUCAUUAUUGUUAGUUUACUCUGAUUGGCGGUUUCACCAGUCGACCUCAAUGUCGUUAUGUACGCUAGUUUCAUUAGUUAAUUUUUGUUUACGAUGUUUUUAGUUUAAGCUAGCUCGUAGUUUCAUAACCCGAUGCCACUGUUGCUUCGUUACACUGGUUGGCAGUUUUGUCACCUUAGUUUUGUUGUUUAUGCUAGUCUUGUUCUUAACUUGUUGUUUGAAGUAUUGUUUACGUUAAUUGACGUUUUUGUGACCAGAUUUUACUGUUCUUAGUUUAUGUUAACUGUAGAAAAAAAUGCGUUCAUCCAAUCACAAUACUUUGUCAUAUUUUGCCUUUUUGUUGCCAUUAGCUGGUUAAUAUCAGCUUCCUGAAGUUAUUUACAGACGUUGGGAUAUUUUUAAAGUUAAAAUGUCAUUUCUACGAUGAUACUUUAGUGAGCUAAAAAAAACAAACGUGCCCGAAAUGUUUUGUUUAGGCGACUUUUGUGGGUGUUACUUUUUACCCAGCGAUUUAUAUGAGAGUUAAAAUGAACUGCAAAUCAGAAAAGUGCUAGCAUUUGUUAACUUUUAGUAAUAUUUCUCCUUUUUGCACCAAAAAACUGAACGCCGUAAUCUUGACUUUGAUGGUUAAAUCAGAGUUUUUAUGUCCAUUUUUGUUUACGUCACGCUUAAAUCAUCAAAAAAAAUAACAUUUGACUUUGUUGGCAACAUAUCAGCUUGUUAAGAUGUCUUUUCCCUGCUAAGAGAAGAUGAAUUUGUUCAACCCAGACUAUGUACAACAUGACAUUUAUCUUGGAUUACCUGAGAGCAGCGCUGCCUUUGUGUGAUUGGUAAAGGUGGAGAGCUGAGGACAGCGGGAUGACAUUUACUCGAGGUGAAUGUUUGCUACUACGUGGUCAGCAUCUAGGUCACCCAUUAAACCUCACAAAAACACGCUUUUACAAACAGCGUAUUCAGAGGGACAUCAUUUGUUCGGAGAUUCUUCUCGUCUGAGGUCGCUGAGUGCAUCGAUCAGACAGACUGUCAGUACAAUGGAAAAUCCUUCCUCGAAGAUCUGUACACUCACUGUUGAAAUAUUCAGGACAAAUGUGGUCACUGUUUUUUUUUUCCUUUUUCAUCCUGAGACGACUGCUCCCACUCUCCUCUGAUCUCACCUACGGGCAGAAUCCUGAAAAAGGUGAAACACCAAAGAGUCAGACCGUGUUUCUAGGAUUUUAUUGAAAGCAAAACCAAGUAACAGAUUCUUACUAAAAAGAAAAGAGUUCCACUGUACACAACGUGGUCAGAAUGUAAACUAAUUUAUUGGUUAAAAGAACAACGGGUAUUUUAUGAAAACUUUUUAGUAUCUGCAUGUCCAUUUUGUGGACAAAGUAGGCUAGAUGGAGCUUCAAAUAUGGAAAUUGGAACUACAAAAAGAAUUUAAAUGCACCAACAUUGUUUUUUCUUCUCAUCAUUGACAUGGCUCAGAUUCUUUUUAUUCAAGAAAAAUUUCAUUGAGGUCAUUUGAUAUGAAAAAUAUAAAAUUUUGUGUUUUUUACCAAUACAUUUUUUAAUUAUCAUUUUUUUAGUGGUCAGGGCUGAAGUGGUUUAAGAGAUAUGAGUUUAAAAAAGUUAAAAAAAAAAAGCUAAAAAAUAAUUAUGUUAUAAACACUUAUCUGCAUGUCGGUUUUGUGGACAAAGUAGGCUAGAUGGAGCCUAAAAUAUGAAAAAUUGGCAUGACAAAAAGAAUUUAAAUGCAGAAAAUUUGUUUUUUCUUCUCAUCAUUGACAUGGCCCAGACUCUUUUUAUUUAAAAAAAAAAUUCAUUUAGGUCAUUUCAUAUAGGAAAUACGGCAAUUCUUGUGUUUUUUUACUGAUAUGGCCCAGUCUUUUUUUAUUUUCAAAAAAUUAAAUUGAGGUCAUUUUAUUUGAGAAAUAUAAAAUUUGGUGUUUUUUGUCAUUAAAGAUAGCAGUGACAUGGUGCACAAAAACUAUCAUAAAAGGGGUAAUACAGCAAAUUUUUUGAUUAUUAUUAUUUGAAUGGUCAGUGCUGAAGUUGCUUAAGAGAUAUGAGUCAAAAAGAAGUCUAAAAAAAAGUUAAAAAAUGAUUAUUUUAUCAAUACUAAUCUGCAUGUCCAUUUUGGAGACAAAGUAUGCUGAAUGGAGCUUAAAAUGAACAGGAACUGAGGGUUAACCACCACAUAGAUAAGCAGAAAUGAAAUCAGACGUUAAGACCACGUAGACUUCAUCUUUACUUCAAAUAAAAAGACACAAGAGGAACUUAAACUGGCCAGCUUGACAGAAAAAGUUUCACUUUUAUUAGUUAAUAUCUGCCUCAUGAAUUCACUAAAAAAAGCACAGCAGCUUCUGAUGGAUAAACCAUGUUGACUGGAGACUCUUAACGAGUUAAUUAAAGCCUCGUUUAGUUCAAAUGUCGCUCACCUGGGGUCUGUCUGAACCAUGUUUUCUCUGUGUUUUUCUCUAAGCCAUGACAAUAACCCGUUUAAAAGCCCACUUUGAGCCUGCGCCCGCCUGAAUCCCACUUAACCUCGGUAAUGCCCAUGUUGGACGUCUUGGCUUCUUAAUCCGUUAAUCCUGUAAGAAGAAAAACAUCAAACCUUUUAUUUUCCUUCUUGGAAAUUAACUUUCUGUUUUAUAAUGUUUGUGGUUGUGGCUGCCUGAGAAACAGAUUUUUUUUUAUCGGGCUACCUUGGGGAUGGAUGUUGGCCAAAGAGCAGCCUAGUAUUAAAUUAGAGUAGCUGGGCUCUGUAAGUGCGAGGUCAAGGAGCUGAAAACCACGUUUUAAAGACCACUGCUGACGAGCUGUUAAUUCAGAAUGAGCCGAUAAUUACUCAGACAUAUGGAUAUGUUGCAUUGCUUGUCUUUGUGUUUGGCUAAGAUAAAGACGAAGCUUCAUGUUCUCGGUUUUAACUCCGACCUGUUUGCUCUCGAAGACUGAACUUCCUCUGCACAUGGAUCAGGUACAUAUUUGCCCGUGAAGGUCGUGUUUGUUCAAGGAGUUCACCUGCUCCUCUUCUUAUCUUCUCAUUCUUCUAUACGAGUCAAUACGGGUGUGAAAGCCGCUCACAUGAACAAAGAGGUACAGGUUUGCUCUAAUCAUUUAAACUAACUGAUCCAUGGUCUGAAAAAAAGGCGUGAACACACACAGAGAGAGAAAAUCUCUGAAGAAGAACGAGUUUUAAAGCAAACAGAACUUGAAGAGAGAGUUUCACUUCUUCACACUUUGUCUUUGUUGAUAUACACCCCGCUGAAACAUGGAUGGAUAAAUAAAGAGCAGAAUGACAGGGUGAAGGGGUGAUGAUGAACGGUUAGCAGAUAAAAGAUGGUCUGAUGUUUGGCUGAAUGGAUGGAUAGACGACAAAUUAUUGAACCAAUUAUUGAAUGAUAUAAAAAGAUAGAUGGAUACAUGGAUGGAUGGAUGUAAAGAGGACAAAUGUAUGGAAACAUAGAUGAUGGAUGGAUGGAUGGAUGGAUGAUGGACUGAUAUAUGGAUAAAUGGAUAGAAGGUUGUUUAGAUGACCAGACAGAGAGACAGACAGACAUUAGGUAGAUGGAUGGAUAGAUGGAUAGAUGGGUUAGUAGAUAAAUAGAUGGAUGGAUGGAUGGAUGCUCAGUUGGAUGAAUAGAUGGAGUGAGAGAUGGAUGAAAAGAUAGUUGAUGAGAUGACCAGAAAGAAAUUAGUUGAUAGAUGGAUGGAUUGAUAGAUAAAUGGAUGGAUGGAUGGAUUGAUAAAUGGAUAGAUGCUUGGAUGAAUGGAUGGAUGAACGGAUGGAUAGAUGGAUUAGUAGAUAAAUAAAUUGAUGGAUGGAUGCUUAGUUGGAAAAAUAGAUGGAGUGAGAGAAGGAUGGAAAGAUGGUUGAUGAGAUGACUGAACAGAAAUUAGGUAGACGGAUGGAUGGAGGGCUAGAUAGAUAGAUAGAUAGAUAGAUAGAUAAAUGGAUAAUAAAUGAAUGGAUGGAUGGAUGGAUGGAUGGAUGGAUUGAUAAAUGGAUAGAUGCAUGGAUGAAUGGAUGGAUGAAUUAAAAGAUAAUUGGAUGGAUGGAUGGAUUAAUAGAUAAAUGGAUUGAUGGAUGGAUGGAUGGAUGGAUGGAUGGAUGGUAUUUCUUCUAAAUUUUAUUAAGAUCCGGCUCUGUGGUUCCGGUUUGGGUUCAGGUUAGGGUUCGCGUCAGGUUGAGGUGCCAGAACAAAAACUCUUUACCUGAACUCUCAUCACGAUUUCACAGACUCUCACAGACUGAAGAGGUGAAGAUGAGACCACCCCCCACACAUACCCUUCCCCUCCCUGUCUAGCUGUCACAUCCAUCAGCGGAGAGCUGAAAGUUCAGCAGCGGGUCGAUUUGUGGUAUUCAUGCGAGUCACAAAGAACUCAAAAGUCAAUAUGUCACUCUGCAUAUUUCUGAGGACGUAUUGAAGACUCCUGUCCUCUGAAGGCCCUCACAGCUCUCCUCCCUGUUAAAUCAUUAAAACCUCACUCUAUGAUCGGAGAGACGUGCACAAAGUGUGAGGAAGAGCUGCCUUCUCUGGUAUUAUAAACAUGUAGAGGACUCCAUAAAGACGCCUGGUACUGGAGCAGUGUGAAGUCAACACUAAUAUAAUGUUAAUGGCACAUUUUGAUUACUAACAUCAUCAGUGAUUUUCGAGGCCAUUAAAGCUUCGCCGUGUUUCCUGUUACCGCGCUCACUUCAGCCUGUCUCCAGCUCCAUUUAAUCCAAUUCCAACGACAGGCUGCGACAGCUAUUAGACCUCAUUACGUUUGCGUCACAUCCCAGCGGACCGGCUGAGCGAGUCUGAACGUGCCCCUCCUCGGGGGCUUCUCACUGGGAUACAUGUUGAGGAUUAGGCCCUGUGGGUCCUGGAGCUCCCAGUACAACCAUUAUGAGGAGUGAUCCAUUUAGAGAUGGGAUUGGAAAAUUCUAAGGGUGUCAAGAAACCACUUUUUUACUUCUGAUACAAUACCGACAGGGCUCGACAGUGCGACCAUUUCACUCUCAUUUGCGACUAAAAAUAGAUGUGUGGGAAUUGUAAAAUGUAUUUAGCGGCACAUGUGCGCAUAAAAACAUCGGCUGAGGUGAAGUUAGUUUUAGGUUGGAUAUCCGACGGACAUUCACUGCGGAUCUAGCAUUGUCUUCGCACUCUCCGUAACCGAGAAUAGCAACAGCAGCGCGAUUAAAUCUACUCUGCACCCUCGCUGUCAACAUCGGAUGUUGAAUAAGGGACCGUCAAUAAAUUACCGGUUGAUGUUCUCAGAAAAGGCUGUUUUCCUUCAAUAGCUUCCAUGUCAUGUGACCAAAAGACCUAAAAUUGAUUUAAAAUAAUAGGAAAGUCGACCAAUAAGACGAACAUUAUUUGAUAAAUUUUGUCCCUAAAGUUCUUUGUGUGCUCCUUGUGAAAAAAGUUAGUGUCAAGCCCUGACCGAUAUCGUAGCCUUCAGUAUCGGCCGAUACAGAUAUUGAUCCGACAUUAGCGCAAACUUGUGCAUGACAAGUUUUGCACUCAGCUGCAAUCUCUUUUUUGGAUUUUAACGAAAAAUACUGCCACACGGCCAACAUCACUCCUACUCCUUGCUACUUUGUUAGUACCUGGAUUUGGGUGCUGCUAGAUAGAAUUCCUGGAGCGGAGUCUGGAAUGGACCACUUGUAUCAGAGUGCUGAUAUCAGGGAUUUUAGAUGCAGGCCGACAUAAUCCAGUAUUCUUUUUUUUCAUAUAUCAGACCAAUAUGUCAGGACAUCCCUAUAAAAUACCAAAAAUAUAUCCCUCUUUCUAAAAUUGAGCAUGGUGCUAGUCCAGGCAGGCCACCUUCCCCUCCUUUACACGCUGCGUCUGAUUUUACUAAUAUUAGCUGUAUUGCUCAGGAGUCUUUGCUGCUGCUCUCCCCGCCUCAGGCUUCGCAUUCCCACCAGUGUUGCCAACUCCUCAGUAAGGAAAGUCGCUAGUGGCUGUCGUAAAUGUCGCUAGAUGACGUCAUCGCCCAAUUUGCAUAAUUUCUCAGUCAAACCCUUCCGCGGGGUGUCUAUAUGUGUCUGUGUGACAUCGAUACCUGCGUUCAUGUUAGAGUCUCUACACUCCAGCAGAAGUCGCUAGAUUUGUCGCUAGGCGCUUUUUUGGAAAAAAGUCACUAGGGGGUCUGAAAAGUUGCGAAAUCUAGCGACAAAGUUGCUAGGUUGGCAACACUGAUUUCCACAAACUCACGUGGAAAUGCUGGGAAAAUACAAUGUAAACACAUUUAUUGUUACAAGGUCUAAAUAAUCUCCAAAUCGGCUCGAUUAAAAAACUGAUAAUUUCAAGAUAAAUCCAGAUGCAUUGUUAUUAAUCCUGUAACACAGUCAUGCAUUUUGUUGUGAUUGUGCUUCUCUUUCCAUGUUGACAAUGAUAACAGAAAACUUCCUCCUUUACUUUGAAAACCGUCUCUUCAAGGUGAAAAACCUCCCAAGGGUGACGAACUGACAUGACCCAGUUACAUCAAUCGCCGGUGACAGGCAAAUGCCCUUAUCUCGGAGAAUUGUGGGUACCUCGCCGAAGCUUUGAUAGCACCUGUUCUUUCACUUAACACAACCUGAGAGUUUGACCUGGAUGUGUCAGGCAGUAAAAAAAUCAUCUCAACUUUUUACCCGGUGAAACAAGGCCGGAGGCUUCGCUCGGUUUCACCUCGCAUCACGGUGGAGAGACAAAGUCGUGAGCAGAGAGAGAGAGAGAGGAUGUCAGAAACUUCAGAGACAGAAAACUUACUUUGUUAAUAAUUCAGACUUAUUAAGUGGCUCUUUGUCGGUGCAGGCCCCUGUUUGUGUUCAGCUUUUUAAAUCCACAUUAAACUCAUUAUUUUAACCCUUCAGGCACUUUUUUAAAACAUUAAAAAGUCACUUUAAACAUCAGGCGAAAACUUAUUACCAGGUUUACCUAAAUUGCAUACACAGAGGAAUCAUUGAGCUAAGUUUAAAAAUCUGCUUAUCAAAAAUUUAGCUGUUUACAUCACGUCUAAAGUGUCUUUUAUGAAAAGUUCUUUAUUCUGUUUCAAAAAUGUUCCAUAGUUAGUCUCUGUGGAGGAUCUGCAGCCUCUCAGUUUCUAACCAAAGAGUGAUCCAAUCAGGGAUAACAAGUGGCUGUAGAGGCGGAAAAACACCAACAAGGAAAAAAAAAAUGGCGAGUGCUCCAGAAGAAUUCAGACUGUCAAUGUUCUUAUGUAAACUCAUUAGAUUUCCUUUUUUCGGGGCCAAAUCCGACCCACAAGCAGCCUCUAACGGCUACAAUUCAAACGUGUAUAAACUGAAAAUAUAGAAAAAGACGCUAGCUCGUAAAAAUGUCGUUAAAAAAGUUCAGAGGCGUCACUUCAAAAAACGCUCAACUUUCUGAACUCACAAGACAACACAUGCUCUCCAGUAACUGGGAUCUUUUGGCCUGGAUUACCUUCUUUGAUUAAAGACCUCUACCUGAUUUGUUGCAUGAACAUAUGAUCAUAAAUGUUCUUCCUUGAGCUGCGGCACCCCGUUGUAGUGCGUAACGGACUGGCCUGAGGUCUCGCUACAAACAAGCGGCUGCUGGAAGAGAGUAGGUGAGUUGUGUUUAGUCUCUUUUGAAGUUAGGUGCUGUUCUGAGCAUUAUUUGUGGCUAUAGAGCGGCGUUCUGGUUGAGGUUUGUUUAUGGCUCCUCAGACCGCUGUGUAUUGCUAUCGUGCGGUCAUCACUAAAGUUGGUAAAACUAGAGAAGCAAGCGGUCGGCAACAUUCAUCUCUGGAGGGGGGGUCUAACUCGGUGAUACAGUGUGUUUGACCCUAAAUUGAUUUUGCGCCGGAAUAUCCCUUCUAAAAGACCGUCAACAAUCAGAGAAACUGUUAGCAUGCUCAUUUAAAUCUCCGUCAUGUGUCUGUAUUGUUAUUUCUUCUGUAUAAAAUGAUCUUCUUCUAUCACUUCCUGCUGAUUCUGAACUUUCUCUCUUACUCAGACAGUUGUGUAUUCGUGGUGAGUCACUCUCCAUCCAGACAAACUUUGCAGACAUGGAGGUCAUGUGCGCGUCUGAGGAGGACAGAGUUUUUCAGAGUGAAAAUGCCACCUCAUCCACAGAGAGUGAGCGACGUGAUCCGUUUUCACUUCUCUGUUUUGUUUUCGUCUGCAGGCGGUUUCCUCCGCGGCCAACAAAAGCUGUGGGAGCGAUUUCUGUAUUCACAAAUAAACGCCUCGGUAGAAAGCGUCUCAAAGCGCCUCGCUGGCUUUCAUCUCUGCUGAGUGCGUCCUCUGACUCGUAAGCAGCAGCUGAGCACACAGCGGCUCUCUGUGGUCGCCGAUCAAUAACCAUUUCAAGCCCCCGAGUUUUCUCAAGCCCUGCCGAUUUUCAUGAUUGAUCCUCUAAACACCAAUGAGUGUGUGUGUGUGUGUGUGUGUGUGUGUGUGUGUGUGUGUGAUUAGUGCCUUAGCAGUGGGGCGGUCUGUGUGUCCUUUGUGUCAUUAGAGCGUUGGAUAGAACAGAGUGAUGACUUUGUUUAGAGAAACACCAGGACACCAGAUCCCCAAUAUGAAAGCUGCAGUAGGAGUUUAAGUCCUCCACAUCUGAGUUUUCAUACCACACGGGUGCGUCAGCAGACAGGGUCAGUUGCGGUACGUUUGCUUGCUUGAGCCAAACCCUGCAAAGAUCGGAAAUGCCGACAGCAGAUGUUGUAGGAUCACAGAAACUGCUUUAAAGAGCUCAGCGAAGUUUUAUUACGGCGCAAACUUCAACAUGGUGCAUGGAAAUCAACCUGCAUUUGUCAUGUGGCGUGCUGAUUUCGGAUCCUGAAUACUGCGUUUUGGCUGUAGCUGUUAAUCAAAUCUGCACUUUAGCUUUGGUACGAUGUAUGAUCCCGAUUUCAGGUCUAUAUGUAUCUUUAAAAAUCUGUUUGAUUAACUCGUUAAUAGGCAUGUGCCAAUAUGAAAAAUUUGAUAUCACGAUAUUGGUGGCCCAAGAUAUCACGAUAUUAUCACGAUAUUAUCAUGAUAUUAGCACAUUGCUUUUAACGUUAUUAAAAAUGGCAAAAAACUGCGAAACCACUUCUCUGUGCACAGCAUGACACGCACAAACAAUAUGAGCAAGAGGCAGCUAACGCGACAUUGGGAGCAUUAGCCUUUUGGAGCUAAAGUUAGCAGAAACGUCACUAAUGCUGUCAAUAAUAAGCAGGAAAGUAGACCAAACUUGUUGCGGUCACGUUGUUUUUACCUUGAUUUGAUGCUGGGUGGUGUUCACAGAGGUGGGCACGUAGGUUUGAAGUGUUAGACAACAGCGCUGCAACUUCCUUACAGCAUAACCUGCAGAUUGGUGUCAGGUUUACCUGCUCCGUCUGUUUUGUGAAGCUGUAAAACGUCCAUACUGCAGACGAAACCUUUUUAAUAGGAGGAUACAGCCGGGGCGUUUCAUCAUUCUCAGUCUCUGACUGUUCUUGGUCUGGUGUUAUGCUGUAGAAUGCACCCCUGCCAUAGAAUGCACCACUGACGGGAGCGCGGUUGAAAGUACAUAAUAAGGCGAAAUAAUCCAAGUUUUUCUCACCGUUGGGUGGAUUUUAAAGCGUGUGCCUUCAACGAUUUCAUUCAGACUAUUCAGAUUAGCCGAAAACAAUCGCCCUCUGAUGCAGAAUAUUUGUUGUCCUGAAAAUAUAAUGUUCUCUACAUUGACAGCUUACUGUACAGUUUAUGUACCCAAGUACGUCUCUAUAUGUGCAUUUUCGAGACACAUGAAAACAGAACAAACGUUUGCCGCUCCACUUGACAUUUUGUCAUGAUCCAAUACUCGUGUUUUUAAAAUAUCAGAUCAUAUCUCCUCCACUUUGAAGCUAAUUAGCAGAUGGGAUGCAUUGUGGACACGCUCCAACAGUGCUUUGGGUGGCUGCAAUGCAUUGUGGGUGGCCACGCAUUUUGUUGUAAAAUUUCUUCAUUCUCUCUUUUUAUUUUCCUGUUUUUGUCAGGCUGACAUUAAUGUACUUAAUUCGAGAGUUUGUUUUGGAUUUGGGACUACUGUGUGGUGGUUUGUUUUUACAUUUUGCCACCGAGGCUUUGACACCGUGGGUAAGACUACAAGCGGGUUAGGUUGGUAAGUACUCGGCUUCGUUCACCUCCGCUGAGUGAUGCUGCCAUUCGUCUUUAGAUUAUAAUUGUGGAACGAUUUUUACAGUACCUUACGAUUUCAUCAUCGCAGCCGUUUAAUAUCACAUAUUGCGAUUAAACCGUAUAUCCACAUCCCUUAAUCUAGCACCGAUUUACGCGGAUCACAAGAUUUGAUCGUCGAGUCGACCGAACUCGCAUUGUGAUCUGCUGACUUUGGGACUGGAAACAGGAGGUUUCCGCAGUCAGUAACUUUACAGGCUGUUUAAAUAAACAGACGUUUACUUUUAAUCUGUCUGAAACUCGACUCAGUCUGACUGAAAUUGCACCAAAUCCAAUUUUCCCACUUUCCUCUUCUAUAUAUGCGCCUCAAUCAGACUGAAAGGACUUCAGCGCUUUGGUUUAUUCAUGAACCUCGAUAUAAACGUCGGUGUAUGUGGAAUAAACCACCCGAGCGUGUCAUUUUAAAUCCGUCUCUUGUCCUCGCUCGAUUGCGUGCAUGUUUUACCUUUUUAAAAGCACGAAUCAGAAACUUCUCCGGAUUGGUGAAGGAGUUUUUCAGCUUCCUCUACAUCCAUGUUUGAGGCACGAAUUUCUGAGUAGCAGCUGCUUACACGUUAUUUGUCGUGUGAUUCCUGAGGCACACGGGGAUGAAAUUAGCCUCACACAGCUGGAAGCCGGUGUAGACUUAGAGUGUUUACUGUUGGACAGAAAUAGCUUCAGCCGCCGGUCCUGCUGCUAGCUUCGACUCGAGGGAUUGCUGCUGCUGCUGAUUGUACACUUUGUGCUGCUGCUACUGUAUCCUGAAAUCCAGGAGCAGCUCAAAGUUUUCCUGCUGGAAUAAAAGAGUCGGGGGGUCGAUGGAAACACUGACAGAAAAUACUUUUGCAUCAUCUUUGGCUCUGAUGGCGUAAGACUCGCCAAGUUUGCGAGCGCUGUGUUUUAAAAUAGCUCCGUGCUGCAGGAAGUUCAUUCCAGCGAAGAGCGAGAAUCCCGCCUCCUCGAACCUUCAUCCCAGACUUCAAUCUGUCAUCUCGGCGACUUCAAAAUCUCAAAUCUGUAAGCCACCGUCUCCCAGCAUGCUCUGCUCCUUCCUGCAUCUUUAGAGCGGCAGAGCAGGAGGGUUUUUUUUUAUUAUUUGUGUCUGUGUGUGUGUGUGUGAUUGGGCCAAAUUUUCUGCUCCAGUUUUCCGGCCUGUCCGCUCAGCUCCCUGCUGCACUUUGGAGAAACAGACUCGACUUAGAUCAGCCAGCUGGACGGCAGCAGGAGGAAGCGUUCAGGCCUGUGUGAAGAAUUCUAGCGUGGCACGCAGGGCUGAUACCCCGCCCCACCGCUCUACUGUAUCUCUGCAUGUUUCACUGGAUGCAGGAUCUUAAUUUUGUAGCUUUAAAACAGUUUUUCGGAUUUUAAAGUGAGAUUUUAUCUGUUUAUUUUUGGCUCUAAAGGGAAGAGAUAAACCUUUAAACCUCUGCAAAAUAUGUUCGAUGAGUGCAUAAGAUGGUAUUUUUGCAGCCUGUGCAACCAAAGAGAUGAAGUAAGGGGGGAACAGAGACUCAAAAAUGGUUAAAAGUGAAGAAACUAACACUUAAAAACCAAAAAAUUGGCCAAAUACUCAAACUAUAAUUGAUGCAUUCUUGAGAGUCCGAGCAGAUACAAAAUAUUUCUCCAAACUACUCAAGCUUUUUCAGUUUCUAACAAUGUGGCCAGAAGAAAUCACUAAUAUCUGUAUAUUUAUAAGAAACAUUUUCAGUGGAAUAAACAGGACAGACUAGAUCUUAAAUUAGGGUGACCAUACGUCGUCUUUUACCCGGACAUGUCCUCUUUUUCGGGGCUGUCCGGCCUCAUCCAGGGAGUUUAUAAAAUCCUUCAAAUGUCCGGGGUUUGAGUUUGUGUCGUGUGGAUUUACUGAGUGAGUAAGCGUAAAAAACAUUCGAUCCAACCCGAAAAACUCAAACAAUUGAAUACGCGCGACUCCAUGACUCCGCCCCGUGUAGUCGUUUCCUCUCUUUGGAGAUUCAGAAUAUGGUCACCCUAAUUAAUUUAGACAGGGACAGAGCAGAUGAAUGAAUGUAAGUGUAUUAACACAAAUGUAAAUAUACCAGAGUUAGAAAAGUUGCUAAUAAACAUCUGUAGUUCCUUGGUGGACGAUACAGACGUAUAAGGAAAAAUCAAUACAUCAGUAUAUAUGAUGUGUAAAUACUCAAUAACAGACUGGAUGUAAAUGUAAAUGAAGUCAAACAAAUAAACCAAAUUAUCACAAGUGCAUAAAACAGUUGUAGAAUACAAAGCAGACUGGUGCAGUGGAUACAUAUGUAUAUUAUGCAUAAAUAGCACAAAACAGGAUGAUGUAAUUAUAGAGUGCAUUGCGAGGCAUAUAUGUGUAUUUGUAUGCAUCAGAUCUGCCGCGCAGUGAGUGCAGGUUUGAUUUGUUUAAUAACCACAAAAUACUAAUUAAGAAACCUCCAGUGAAGCUAUACUCUCCACCGCCUCCACAUGACACUCGUUCACAAACUUUACCGAACUGGCAAAGUCGGUAAAUCUGGUGCGAUUUUACGGCAACCAGCGUCAUGAACCAGUUAGCUGCAGGACUCAUUUUACACAGUAUCGCUAUUAUGAAUAUAUAUCGCGACAAGCUGUGGGAGUUAGGGCUGGGCGAUACGGCCUCAAAUCAAUAUCAUGAUAUAUUGAUCAGUUCACCUCGAUAACGAUAAAUAGACGAAAACUACUCCACAAGCUGCUCACCCCCUCCAACAUGAACUUCGUCUACUUCAGCCGCUACAACUUUUGAACCGGGUGGAGUCACGUCUCUGACGUAGGACAGCGUCUUAAAGGGACAUGAGACCAUAGCCUACCUACACACAUCCAAAACCAACUUUGAUUCAUUUAAUUUUUUGACACUGAAUAUACCGAUAUGGGCAAAAUAAUGUUGGUCAUUGUCGUAAAUUUCGGUAUCGAUAAAUUUUCGGUUUAUCGCCCAGCCCUAGCGGGAGUUACGUUAUUCAUAAGCUAAAAUACCGUCAAAGAAAAGUGAUAACUAAAGUUUGAAAAUAGAGUAUGAGGUGCUGCUGACCUGUCCCAUAAACAGACAGCUGGUGCGGGUUCGAGUCCAGCCUGUGGAGCUGUCAUUCCCAGCUCUCUUAUUAUUUCCUCCUCUAUUGAAACAGAAAGGAAAAGAAACCUUGAGGAUUAACGUGGCGUAAACGAGUUUUAUCAUGACGUGGAUGUACGGAGGAAUAACGUCAGAGUGUGACGAGUCAUUUCAGACGAGACGGAGAUAACAGGUUUUCACAGUUUUGUUAAAAAAGUGAAUAUAAACUAAUCUGGAGUAUGAACAGGCUCACUAAGCGUCCAUGUUUGAGAGGAGCUGUGGAGCGCUGAUGCUGAUCUGACAGCUGCCGGGUCGCAGAGGUCGGCUGAAGCACUCGGGCAGAAACUCGGAGCGUCAGAAGCCGAAGUAUCUCGCAGCGUCGAGGCUGCGGAUCGUUUUAGAAACGCUCCGAUAAGACAGAGCGGUUUGGAAAUGGAGGUCAGUGUGACACGGGGGAUUAAACUGUUGUUUUUAGCUGCAGGCUGGAUCUGAAUAAAAGGAUCUCUGACUGAGUCUCAUGAAAAGCAAAUUUCACUAAAAAUUUUACUCCCAGGAAAAAUGAAAACGCAGGAGUUUGUGAAGCGGUUCAGGGUGAGAGAAAGCAGGAUGGAGGAGGAGGAGCACGUCUUUACUAUCUCCUUACUGGAUUAUCGCUGAGCUGGCGAGUUUUCAGUCUGUAAUGUCAAAGAAAGAUUUUUAUUUUCCUGUUUUAUUUUGUAGGAGUUGAUUCCUUUUGUUUCUGGUCUGGUUUUACUUCCUUAGUUUUCCCUCCUUCGUGAGUUUCACCUGUGUCUCGUCUCCCUGUGUGUCUCUGUCUUCCCCUCCGUCCUUGUUGGUUCAUUAUAUGUCGAUGUGUAUCCUUGUUUCGACUGUCUCCACUGUGAUUUUUGUGGAUUCUUCUCUUUUGUUGCUUUUUUUCUUUGAGUUCUUUGAAUUAAACCAUUUCUCGUUCUGCAUUUGGGUUUUUCCUUCGUUUAACUCUGCACGUCGUGACAUCCACAGGAGUUUUCUUUUUGUUGUUGUUGUUUCCAUACACUGAAUUAUCAUGAGUGGACUCAAAACAGAACAAAGCAUCUAUUAGGAUGUAUCCCCUCCCUACUUUGUCAUUUCUUUACCCGUGUUAUAUCACUGAAUGUUACUUCCUCCCAGCUCCCUGACACAGCUGCUGCUCUAAGGUUGUGUGUUUUUCUUUGUCCUAAUUAGUGGGUGACUUUGUGACUCAGUUGUGUUUUUCCCCUUCGGUCAGAAAAAAACAAAACAAACAAACUCUGUUGACCUCGAUGAUAAAUAAUCAAUGUUUUUCAUGCAUGAGUUGGUGCUUAGGCCUGUUAUGUAACAGUGAGCAAAUACUAAAGGGUGGAUAUUAACUUUAACUUAUGCUCUAUUUGAUGUAGGUCAAUGCUGACUGUUCAUUUAAAAGAAAGGAAGGAUGGUGGGUGGUGUUGCAGGACAAGGAAAAGCCUGUCUGGGUCAGAACCGACACAGAAAAGAGAGAAACAGGAGAAGUGAGGUAGUACGGGGGUUAUCAGUGUGUGCAGGCAGUACGCUCUACCUGCCCUUAAAGGGAUAUUCCAGCAUAAAACCGCUUGCCAACCGCUUACUUCUCAACCAAAACGCCACAAAUAAUGCUCAGAACAGCACCUAACUUCAUCAACAGAACAUAUAGGGUCACAGACAUAGUACUAGCCACCAAACAUCUUUUUAACUUUGCCUUAUUUCUUUAGCAAAGAGACUAAACACAACUCACCUACUCUCUUCCAGCAGCCAUUACGGACUACAGCGGGGUGCCGCAGCUCAAGAAAGAACAUUUAUGAUCAUUUCUCUAUCAUUUCCUUGAAGUAUUAAUCAUUAUAUUAAUCAUUUUUCACUGCAGAUGCGGUAGUUCUUCUGUCUUCUUCUGUCUGAUUGUAUUUCCGUAAAGAAAUGAUCAUAAAUGUUCUUCCUUGAGCUGUGACACUCCGCUGUAGUCGAUACACUCACCUGAAGGUCUCCAUACAAACAAGCGGCUGCUGGAAGAGAGUAGGUGAGUUGUAUUAGGAAGGUAAAACUAGUGUAAGGAGAUAUCUGAGCUAGCAUCAUCUCCUGAGCAAGUACACUCUACCUUCCUUUUCUUAUAAAGGGAGGGAAGAUGGUAAAAAGAGGAAGUGAUAACAGUCUCCAAAGAGAAGUGAGUAAGAGGAUAGGAAAGGCAGAGCUUGGACCUUCGGACUGUUUUGGCUGGAGUUUACCCCUUCUGACAAAGGCUGUACGCUCUACCUCCCCCUAUUUCUCUUUUUAAAUGAGGGGCGGGCAAACAACAGAUGAAACACAGCAGAGUCUUUAGAGAGAUGUCAGAGAGAGGAUGGCGAAGGUAGAGCCAGGAUGUAGCGCCAAGUGUGUUCAAGCAAUAUGGGGAGCUGAGCAGUGACAGCUUUAACCUUUACGUGUGAUACUAGAGUCGAGGAACACAGCACCUGCCAGGCCAGGAUCAGCUCUACCGCAAGGUCGGGGGUUCACUGAGACCCCAGGCCCUCCUGGAGACCUCCAUCUGCCUGAGCAGAGGGUCAGGAGAAAGACAAGCAGAGAGGGAUUAAAAUCUGACCGGCAGAGAACAGGCCCAGAGACCGAAUCCUUGAAAAUGUCGAUAGAUUCUCAGGAGUCGUACAUGAGAAACAGGAAAUGAUCCCAAGAGUGGGCGCAAGAUUCAGACAUGCCAGAGAAAAUGUAGAAAGACUCAGCGAGAAGAAGGAGAAGGUUUAAAACAAGAACUCAGGACUGAGAAACACCUCAGAUGAACCAGACGAGAGCAAAGUCAUGAAGAGAAAGACGAGCUGCAGAGGAGAUAGAGGGUCUACUGCAACGCAGAGAUGAGAAAGUGGGAGGCGGGUGGUGUAGACGGGGAAAAGAGAGCAGUAGAGGAGCAGUGGCGUCGGUGUGUGGGCGUGAUGGAUCGCUCGCCAGAGAGAGAAAAGAGAAUCUGAGGAGAAUUUAACCACCCGCUCCUUCAGGGAUUCUCGAUCAUCUUCAACAUCUUCGCCACCGCUCAACUCGCAAGACACCAAUUUGUUCCUCUAUUAAUAACGUCGAACGAAUGCUCCACGUGAUCAGUCAUGUGUUGUGUUUAUUCAGCAGCUGGUGGGGGGUGAGGGAUUGGGGGGGGAGUGGGUGGGUGGGUGAGGAAGGCAAAUGCUGAACACGGUGGAAAAAAACUGGAGGAGAAAAGAGCAGGUGGUGUUAAUCUUGUGUGUGUGUGCAGCGGGGAAAAUAAAUGGACCUUACAAAGAUGCUCUGAGGUUUCACUGAGCUCUGUGGAGAUUGCGUUUUAAACUGGUGGAGUGCACUUUCUGGAGAAAACAUAGAGGAGCAAAUCAGUAAAUUGCACCGAGUCUUUAACCCCGAAUUGCAAAAACAGGCUCUCUGUCAGUGUCUCUCUAAACAAAUCUUGUCACGCUUUCUUGCCCCAGCGGCGCGUCGUUUCAUUUGUCAGCCAUGAAAGCGGCUGUGGAAGCAGCAGAGGAACCUUUGGGGGGUGAUUUACAUGAUCAAAUAUGUCCACCCAAAGUGUUUCAGUAAAUGGCGAACCAAGAUGAACAGUUUCCGGGCUCGUUCUUGAUGGAUGUUCAAGGUACGCCUCGUCUGCAGUGGGGUGUGAUGAGUCUCGGAGGCGUCUGAUGUAGUAACGGAUGAGCAACGAGGCAGAACGCCAUAACUGUGAGCCCAGAUAUACUUGCGUUUAAACCCUUUAUUCUUGGCUGAAUUGCAAAUGUAAAGUUCUGUAUUUUGGGUGCACUACAGGAGGAUACCACUAGAGGGCACAUGAGAGGGCUGAGGUUGGAUGCAACUUCAAGAUUAGCUAAAGACAACGUAAAGAGAUGGCGUAAACUGGUGUUAGUGAUGCAAACGCCAACCAGAUUUCAUAGCAACGUCAGAUGGCUUAUGAUGAGAGGACAGAAUUAAACCAAGAUCCCUCAUCCCCAUCCGUCCCCGUGUGACCUGACGGUACAUCCACGCCACUGCCCCAGUUAGAUACCCGUGCCUCCUGUUUUUGACUGUACUGUUUAUUGAUGUUUGUAAAAUCAUGCUUUAGUCCAAAUCCAGAACUUCAUUCUCCACUGAGACACUGAGUUUGACCAAAUACUUAAAGGGAUAUUCCUUUAUUCCAACAUUGACUGCUCCGGGGUACCGCAGCUCAAGGAAGAACAUUUAUGAUCAUUUCUUCAUGGAAAUACAAUCAGACUGAGACGCUAAGGCAGAAGAACUACCACGUCUGCAGUGAAAACAUAUAAAUAUGAAUAUUAUUACUUCAAGGAAAUGAUAAAGAAAUUAUCAUAAAUGUUCUUCCUUGAGCUGCGUCACCCCGCUGUAGUCCGUAAUGGACUGGCCUGAGGUCUUGCUACAAACAAGCGGCUGCUGGAAGAGAGUAGGUGAGUUGUGUUUAGUCUCUUUGUUAAAGAAAUGAGUCAAAGUUAAAAAGAUGUUUGUUGUCUAGUACUAUGUCUGUGACCCUAUAUGUCCUGUUGAUGAAGUUAGGUGCUGUUCUGAGCAUUAUUUGUGGCGAUUUGGUUGAGCGUGUGGCUCUCUGUAUUACUAUCCUGCAGUCAUUACUAAAGUUGGUAUGACUAGAGAAGCAAGCGGUCCGCAAUAUUCAUCUGUGUCGUAUCUGUAUCUGUGUAGACGGGGGUGUCUAACUCUGUGUUACGGUGUGUUUGACUGUAACUUAAAUUUAUGUCCCUUUAAGUGCGAGUCCGUUGCUGGUUGAAAUAGCGGCCAGCACCCCUAUAUAUAUAUUGAAUAUAUCCCUUCAUUUCGUCGUUGCUCCAAAGGUUUAGGUCGCUGCCUGUUUCAGAGCUGUUGGCUUCAGUUAUCUGCCUGAGUAAACCCAGACUGAUUUAAACACCAAAACAUAAAAACAAAGAGCCCAGGUGUGAAGGUACCCCUGUGGGACACAUUCGGUCGGUGCGUCAGCUAAUCGUCCGCAUAAAAAGUAAUAAUGGAAGUUUACAGCAGGCCGAUCAGACGUCCUUUUGUGCCUCCCUGGCUGCGGUUUGCAGGUUAAAUUAAGUCCUUUGUGCUGCACAGAGCAUUUUCUCCAGGUUGUCUGGGCCCUGCCCCAGCUCUUCAAACACUACGACCACACGCCCAGCAGCGAGAAAGCGUGCCUGUGGUUGAAACCCGGCCAUUGUCUGCACAGAUGAUUGUGAGUCAUUGUGCUGGCAGGACAAGCCGGGAGUCAAAUGAUGUGAUGUAGCGGAGAGAGACCUCCAUUGUGGCCCGUGGAACGCCGCGGCAGGAACGGCCGCCCUGGCAGAUACCGACUGCUGGACGUUUCGGGGAAUUUUGCAUGAAUAGUGGAGUAAUUCAGUCCGAGGCGACGGGGUGAUUAGCAUUUUGAGAGGAUUCACCGCCGGCUCGGCCCCAUUCACAGGGCGGGUCUGUGAGUCGCCUGCAGAGAGUGUUGGUGCUCGGGUUAAUUUGGGAGGAAAGGUCAUGUCUGCUUACAGACGACUGAACGGACACGAUUAUAGUGUCAAUCAUGAGCAUUAAGAAGAAUUUAACUGUCCUUUUACCGGUUUUAUAAGAUGUAAGAUUCAUCUAAAAACCAGAAAAAGAGAAACUCAAGGCUGCAGCUUGAUUUUGUUGUGUUUCUCUGUGUGUGUGUGUGGUACCCAGCGCACUCUUUCAGUCAGAGGUUGAGCAGCUUCCUUGAAAAGACGUCGCGGUUAGAAAACAGGUGUUUCAUUUUCACUUUAUUUUCUCCCUGAAAGCAGCCGCCUGAAUAUUCCGAGUCAGGGUUUUAAAGAACACGCUGCACAUUUCUCUCCGGACUUCUCUAAUGAGCUGCAAACUCUGCCAAGUUGUUUUUGGCUCUUUUAAGCACCAACACACACACAGACUUCACGUUUUCAAACAACAAAUUGUUCCCUUUCCGAGGCUGAUUUGUUGAGGGAUUGAAGUCCUCUCCCCCAUCGAGGAGACAGAUGGUGAAGUCUGUGAAAAAAGAUGCUUCAGCUGAGGGAGGGAGCCAGGAGGUGUGUGUGUGUGUGUGUGUGUGUGUGUGUGUGUGUGUGUGUAUAGCCUCCCUUCACACUGGGUUAUCUACCUGCUUUUUGACUCUUUAUUGUCGUAGUAUGAAUACCUGUGCGUUUGGUAUGUGGAGAUUAAUCGAUACGGAUCGUGGUCGCGACGGUUGCAUCGUUUUUUCCAUGUUGUUCUAAAUUCUAUCAAAAUAGUAAUAAUAAAUAAUAAUAAAUUUUAUUUAAAGGCGCCUUUCUGACACUCAAGGUCACCGUACAAAUCACAUAAAAAACAGCAUAAAACAUUUCAAACACAUUUAAGAGCAAUAUCAAAUAAAAAAAUAAAUGAAUAGAUCAGUAAGGAAAAAGAAAGAGAGAGAGAAAUGGACAUUAUGGUGGAUCGGCAGUUCUGAACAGACGUGUUUUGAGUCUUGAUUUGAAAAAGGGUGAGAAGGUCAGUGUUCCUGAGAUCGGAUGGUAAUGAGUUCCAGAGCCACACCCCAUGGUGUUGAGGCGGGCGGAGGGGGACAGACAGGUGUACGGAGGAGGAAGACGAUCUGAGGGAGUUGUAACGUGGAUGAGAUCAGACAGAUGGUUGUGGAUGGCCUUAAAUGUAAGGAGGAGAACUCUGAACUGGACUGAGAGCCAGUGGAGCUGUUGGAGGACUGGAGGGUUACGAUGCGGGCAGCUGAAUUCUGGACCGGUUGGAGUUCAUGGAGGGUUAAUCCAGGCGGGAAGUGACGAGACUGUGAACAAGGAUGGCGGCAUUGUGGGGGGUGAGGGAAGGGCGGAGGCGAUUGAUGUUGCGUAGGUGUUUCCGAGGCGUCUUGAACGCACCAUCACCGUUUCGCGAUUUAUUUUGAAGAUGGAUGGAAGCCGCGCGUGUGCAUACUCUUCAGCAACACAAAAGUUCAAAUCCAACGUUUGGAAGAACUCUGGAUUUUACAAGAGAGAUGGUAAACUUGACAAGACGCACGUUAUUUGUAAAGAACGCCGAGCUUCUAAACCUCACAACGACAGCACGACAAAUAUGGCCGCUCACUUGAAAAAACACGGUAUCAAUGUCACGAAAAUCGUUGCUACUGGAGUGCAGGAGGCGAACAGCGAUACGGUUGAGAACGGGAAAAUCACAAAACACUCAAAAAAACAAAAUCGAAUUUUGAAAAAUUUAUUAAUUUCUUUACUAUUUAAAAGUCAAACCAGCUCAAUGUAAAAAUUUGAAUUCACAAAAUAUAAACACAAGUUAUAAAUAUACAAAAGUAUAAGUGAGAUAAAUUUAAUGUAUUGGGAUGAGGGAUGAAUCGUAUCGUAUCGGCAGGAAUUCAAUGUAUCGCAAUUAAUAUCGUAUCGUUGGCAGUGAAUCCAGACGGGUAUCUAAUCGCUGCAGUGAUGGAGAUUCACAUCCCUACUGUGCCUGGAUAAUACCUCACAUUUCCUCCCUCAUUCCCUGCAUGUUUUUCUUUAUACCACAGCCUUUUCUGCAGAGGUCUGAUAUUGUCAGUUUCCCCUCUUAUCUCGACGCUCUAAUGAACAUGCAAAUAGUAUUCAAAUGUGUUACUACCAUCUCUGUGAGGUGUGGAUUUAAUUAGCGUCAGCGGCCCCCUGAGAACGUUGAAAAAUGAUUUGAAAAGAGUUUUUUCUCACUAACACUUUCUUUCGUUUCCUCUUGCUGUCGGCGCCUCAGCUGUGAGGCACUUUUCUCGCAUUCUUAAUCAGGAGUUGUUGAUCUGAGAGGUGAGAGUGGAGACGUGCUCAGAGUCUCAGUCCUCCUCAGGAUGGAGGAUUCAGCUUUCACGAUCUGCAGCUCUGCCGUGGAGGUUUUAGCAUCUUUGCCAAGAUGGAAACACAGUGUAGAGUUUAAUCUCUGUUUCUUUGGUCUAUUGAUAAAAAUCUUCUCUAUGUGAAGUUAUUUGAGCUUCUUCUUUUUUGCUCGUACAGACGAAUCAUGAAAAACUUAAUCUUUCACCAAAGCCUGUAGAUUUGAUUCUUAUAAACGAGACUGAAGUUUAUCCUGAUACGUAGAGCAUCACUUCAUCACCUGCAGGUACACUUGAUUUCAGUCUGAACCACUAAAACUUAAACUCUGAGAGCUCCUGCCUUUUAAUGUGCAGAUGUAAAGUAGAAAGCUGGAGGCAGGAAGAACACAACUCCCCUCUGUUUUUAUGAGCAUUGAUGAAAAGCCAGAGCAGGGAGAGCAGCAGCAAAGACUUCUAGACUAUAGACGGGUUUCUGGCUGCAGAAAGUAGGAUAUUUCUUAUUUGUUUACUAGCGGAGAAAGAAAAACGACAUGGAGCUGUUGUUCUGUAAACUGCGAGAAUCGGCAAAACAAACAAUCGGCAAACAUUACGACCCUGAUCCUGAUAUUAGAAAAAUCUAAAACAACGUCACGACCUAAAGUGAAAUUCAUGGAUAUUUCAGCAAAAGUUUUUCUGAUUUUGAUGCAAUGAAAGAAAAAGUGAUUUUUCAAUGAAAAGACAUUUUAUUGCAGUUGAACCUGCAAACAAUACGGCAUCUUCACUGAUAUCAGUUCACUCUGAAGCAGACUUUUGCCUUGUUGCGUGCGCAUCUAGAAAGAAAACCUGUCUAUAGAGCAGGAACAGCAGCAGGAAAGACUUAAGAGUAUAGAUCAGAGGAGUCAGAUUUCCAGCAAAGACCCCUAGAAAACAGGACAGAAUGGGGAGUUUUGACUUCCUGGCCUGCCUGAACUAACUCUGACCUCCAUUGUAGCCUCCAAAACCUCCAAAAAGCCUCCAAAGACUUCUUCUUUUUAUUUUUUGGUUCACUUUGAUAAAGUUUUCUUUUCUUUUACUGCGCUCCUGAAAUCGUUCGCUCUCUGCUCGGGAAGUAAAACUAUUUUUCUCGUUUCUUUCAGAGGCCAGAGAUUCAAGAUGGGAGGCAAGCUCAGCAAAAAGAAGAAGGGAUACAAUGUAAAUGAUGAAAAGGCCAAAGACAAGGAUGCCAAAGCAGAGGGAGCCUCUGCUGAGGAGAGCGAAGCUCCAAAGGACAACAAGGACGAGGCCCCGGCUGCCGACGGGAAGGAGGUAGCAAACGACACGGCGGCCAAGGAGGCGCCGGCGGCAGAUGCUGCAGCGCCUAAAGAAGAGGAGAAGAACGCAGCGAAGGAGCCUGAGAAACCUGCCGCCAACGCUGAGCCGAAAACAGAGGCGCCGAAGAGCGCAGAGCCCGCUAAGGCCGAGGAGAAACCAGCUGCCCCCGCCCCUGCGAAGGAAUCGGCUCCUGCAGCUAAGGAGCCCGAAGCUAAGGCCGCCCCUGCGGCCGACAGUAAAGGUGAGGCCGACGCCAAAAAGACUGAGGCCCCCGCGGCACCAGCAGCCAAAGCCGAGGCAGCCCCCGCUGCCUCCCCUGACCCCAAGCCCACAGAGGCGGCUCCGGCAAAGGACGCCGCCGCUAGUUCAACACCAGCCGCCGAGCCUCCCGCCAAGGAGGCGAACGCCACAGAGGCACCAAGCAAGGAUCAAACCGUAGCAGUUCAAGAUUAA